AUGGAAGAGAAGUGCUUCUCACAAAGGAUUAGGGACCCAGUAGACAUUUACUGCAAUCACGCUGCUCUGCUAAGUGAUGCCUCUUACAGAGAAACAUGGAACCCAAGUGCCCCAAUGGAUGAGCCUCUGCUGAGUGAAAGUCUUCAUGACGAAGAUAAUGGUUAUCUGAUUGACAGCCACUAGUGACAUCCUUAGUGACAUAUGUAAACAUGCACUCCCCUCUAUUAUUUAGGUAUCGUGGUGGGAUCACAAUAAAUGACUGCUAGAAAAGAACGGAAUUGGGGCAAACCCAAAUAUACAUUUCUAAGUAGUGCUGCCAUAAAGACCAAAAUAUAUACAAAUUACAUGUGCACAUGCUGUGCUUUCAUUAGGAUCCUACAGAGCAACAACAUCACGCUGUUCAUGGGUAUAAAAGUAGGGGACAUAUCAUGGUGGGGUGUCAUGACAUAUCCCUGUCUCUCUGUUAGAGUGUGGUGGUUAUUGGGUUUUUCUUUGGAAUCAAGGUCAAGGUCUUUCUGGAACAGAAUAAGAUUUUCUACUGGUCGUCUGACCAACCAACCAAUAAUGAGUAAUGGUCGAUAGCAGAUUAUUAUUAUUAUGUUAUUAUUUAUAUAGCGCCAACAAAUUCUGCUUCGCUUUACAGUGGGUGGACGAACAGACAUGUAGUUGUAACCAAACAAGUUGGACACAAAAGAACAGAGGGGUUGAGGGCACUGCUCGAUGAGCUUAAAUGCUGGAGGGAGUGGGGUAAAGUGACACAAAAGGUAAGGAUAGUAUUAGACUAGUGACAGAUGCAAGAGAGGAAUCAGUUAGGAGCUAUUAACAGUUUAAUGUAUAUGCUUUUAUUGAAAAGUGGGUUUUUAAUGAUUUUUUGAAGGAGUGGAGACUGAUUGAGCAUCUAACGGAGGAGGUAAGUGAGUUUCACAGGAAUGGUGCAGCCCUCGAGAAGUCUUGAAGGCGAGCAUCAGAGGUGGGAGUACGGACAGAAGAUAGACGUAAGUCUUUAGCAGAGCGUAAGGGCCUAGACGGGACAUACUUGUGUAUAAGGGAGGAUAGAUAGGUGAGAGCAGCAUUAUGUAGAGAUUUGAAAGCAAGAACCAGAAUUUUGAGCCCUAUAUCUUACAGGUAGCCAAUGUAGGGACUGACAGAACGGUCAGGCGUGGGAAGUGCAGGUGGACAGGAAGAUGAGCCUUGCUGCUGCAUUCAUUAUGGACUGUAAAGGCACAAGUUGGGAGCAUGUAAGACCACUGAGAAGCGGAUUACAGUAGUCAAGGUGAGAAAGGACAGUGGAAUGGACCAGCACCUUAGUCGCAUCUGGCGUUAAGUAGGGUCGGUUGAGCGCAAUGUUUUUGAGAUGGAAGUGGCAAGAUUUGGCGAUAGACUGAACAUGAGACAUGAAGGAGAGGUCGGAGUCAAAAUGAACACACAGGCAGCAAGCCUGCGUGGUGGAGCUGAUGGUAGCACCGUUGACUUGGAGGGAAACAGACACAGGAGUAGCAACACUUGAGGGAGGAAAGACCAGAAUUUCAGUUUUGGUCAAGUUGCGUUUAAGGUAGUGGGCAGCCAUCCAGUUAGAAAUAGCAGAGAGGCAGUCAGAGACACUAGUCAAGAGGGACGGGGAGAAAACAGGUAGAUUUGUGUCAUCUGCAUAGAAAUGAUAUUGGAAGCAAAAGGAGCUAAUGAGUUUACCAAGGGAGGCAGUAUAGAUGGAGAACAGUAGGGGACCAAGGACUGAACCUUGGGGGACACCAACAGAGAGGAGUUGGGGGGAAGAAGCAGAGCCAGAGAAAGUGCACUGAAAGUGAAACACUGAAAGUGCACUGGGAGAGGUAGGAGGAGCACCAGGAGAGAGCAAUAUCUUGUAGACCGAUAUUUCGGAGGAUGAGAAGAAGCAGUUGAUGAUCACCAGUGUCAAAAGCCGCAGACAGGUCAAGGAGAAUUAGGAUAGAGUAGUGACCACGUGAUUUUUCAGCGAGUAGAUCAUUGGAUACUUUUGUCAGUACCGUUUCCACAGAAUGCUUACCGCGGAAACGAGACUGAAGCGGGUCUAGCAGAGAGUUGGACUCGAGGAACUAGCAGAGAGUUGGACAGAUCAGCUUGAUUAAUCAAUAAUCUACCAUCCUUCAAAGGAAAUUCUGCAGGGACAUUAACUUGGGGGAGCGAGUGAAUCAGAGGAUUUUUCUAAUCACAAACUAAGUGGACAAAUCAAGUGUCUACGAGUUCUCUGUCCAUCAAAUGAUACCUAUAAAAUUUAUGAGACCAUUGUGUUUCUCCAACCAGCCUUAGUUAUUGUUACUAUUCAUAAUUUGAUCAAGUUUACAUUUUACGGUGUUUGUGUUUAGUUCUUUUAUAAACACUAAUAAUACACAUAGAGGAAGAGCAAUGGGUCAGAAGGUGGAAUGUGACAUUCCCAAACCUUCCGUCAGGGAAACAUUUUUGUUAUUAUGUUUUUUUUUAUCUUCGUAAAAGUUCUAGAAAUUCAUUAUAACUGCCAUCACGAUUUAUGAUCUUUCUUCUGACUAAGCAUUUCCUUGUAUGCAUUGGAAACCAUUAAUUUCUGUCUUUAAACUGUGGGUUGCCUGCCAGCCGUAGACGGAAACAGUUUCUCCAAACAUAAGUUAGCGAUCAUGUAAACAUUACAUUUCAACUGUUUAAUAGGACCACAUAUGAAGCUUUAUAAAAUAUCAAAACAUAAAAAUUUUUGGCCAAUGCCUUUUUUUUCUUUUUACAAGGAUAAACAUGAGCUAAACAUCCACUCACGAAGGUUCAUUUGUAAAGUCCGUCUGGCUGACUUGCAAAAGUCAUCAUAAUCAUAUGAAAUAUGGCUAGGAAGCAUACAUUGAGUUGUGGCAACCUUCAAACCAGUGUGACAACUGUGAAAGCAAGCAAUGUACUUAAAUAGUAAUUAAAUAUGACUAAGGCAAAUACUGUUAGAGUAAAAUAUUUUUCUAUUAAAAAUAUGCAGCAAACUAGGGCUGGGUUACUGAUGCUGUUUGUUGUUAUAAAUACAUUAAGCAAGACAGUGAAGCUGGAUUAGUUACUGUCAUUGUGUGUUGGCCAAACCUUAUACAAGGUACAUAGUGGUAAAGAGACAGCAGUGUUACAAAGUUUGUUAAACAAGACUUGCCCACUUUCUCCAAGAAUGACCUGGACUCCUGUUUUGCCAAUACCAGUAAUAUUCGCAAAACAUAACCAAAAGAUGCAGCUGUUCUUCUCCAUGCAGUGUGCGUUUACUGGUGUUCAAAUACAGGUACUUUUCUUCCAAAUACUGAUACCUGGUUUCAUAAAGUUCUUUAGAGGAGAACAAAAUGUAACCUGGUUUUGGGCAUCAAUGAAGAAAUAUUGUAUGAAGGUGUGUUGACAAUCUAAUUAUUUUACAGUAUAUUUUAGACUGUAUGAACAAUCAUGUAAUGACUUGGUAUCUCCCAUUCCUAGAAAGUAAUGCUAGUUCUCUGGAUAUCUGGGUAAGUGAUUAACUGCUAGGCAGACCAGAAUCGUUCUUCUGGAUCCUUGAUGCAUCAGGCAUUUAAUGAAACGGGAUGAUCUCCAAGUAUGCUCAGCCUUUAAUGGUUUGGAAUCUUCCUAAUGUUCAGUAAUGUCCAACCUGCUAUGACAUGUCAAAAUAGCAAACUAGUGGUUCUUAACGUUUUUCUGUGAUGUGCCCGGCAUUAUCUCGGUAACCCAUUCUUCAACUGCAACAAUAGCUCAGGAUGCGGUGUAUUCUGCAUUUGUCAUAUAAGAUAUACAAAUAAAAAUAUGCAAACCGACUUCAUUAGGUUAUUCAGUGUUCAAGAGGUCUCCAUAAUAUUGGAUAAAGCACGGCUGCUAGGGUAAAUCAUUGUGGGCAAUUGCCAUAUGGUUAGGAUGUGUCUGUUCCAACACCAUGGGCCCCUCUAAAAAUGUUGGGUCCCAAUCCAGUGGGUAAGAACCACUGCACAGUCAAGGCGCUGUUAGUUUCAGGAGGCAGGUAAUUUUUUCCCCACAAAUAGGGUCUUGGAGUUUUAUUUCAGUUACAGCUGUAAGAGACUCAAUUAACAAGAGUAGGGAGUACUGCUUCAGGGUGAAACCACAAAGUGAAUUUAUUACAGGCAAUGCUGGGGUUGUGACAAAGAAUUACUACGGGGAGGUUACAAAUACAGAUUUUCGGGCCCGAGAACAAUCAACUCAAGGUGAGUACACAUCAUCCAACAGGAAAAAGCUGUUAGUUAAAGGGGAUCUCAUAAUAACAACAGGAAAGGAGAACCGGGCAGUUCAUGUAAUGUAAGGAGGGGUAAGGGACAGACGGACCUCCUGUUGGGAACUGGCUCCAGAGCCAUCUUACUCUGACUCACAGCUAUCAUGAACCUUCCCACUAGCAAAUAAUAAAACCAUAGUAUUAGUUGGAACUAGAAUACAAUGGAACACAGUCUUUAGCAUCAGGAAGAAAGACAGUUCAUACCAGGAUACUCUAAUAAAUAUAUGAUUAGCUGCGGGGGAACAUGACGAUACUAGCACAGGCAUUCUAUGGUAUCAACAUUUCUAUACACUCAUAUAAAAAAAGCUUAUCAACACCAGUGGAAUAAAUCUUGUGCAGACUCUGGGUAGCAUUACAUACCUGUCUUUAACCACUUAAGGACCAAACUUAUGGAAUAAGAGGGAAUCAUGACCUGUCACACAUGUCAUGUGUCCUUAAGCGGUUAAAGGCAUGGUUGUCACAAUGACCAAGUAGUAGCAGACAAUUUUAAAUAUAGAAUUGAUAAUUAUACAACAUCAUUAUUUGGCUUUUCUCUACUGAGUGAAAUUUAUAAGAUAAUUUAUUAGAAUACAGAACAGAUAAGAAAUGGGUCGGAAUCGAUAGAUUCUUAUUUUUCAAUUUUGUCUUUCCCCACAACUCUCAUUAUCAGCUCUCUGUAAAAAAAUAAAUAAAAAAACAAACAAAAUACAAAACAGAUGUUAAGCAGAGUGAAUCAAAUGAAAAUUUUAUAAAAUUUCUUAAUUUAAAUAUAAUUACAAGUAUUAUACAGGGCAGUGUUUCCCAAUUGGGGUUCCGCGGCCGCAGCAUUUAGGGCCACCUGAUCGGUAUCACUGAACAGGAGCCCAGUCAGGUGCCACGGCCUUUUAAAGCUGCAACCGGGCCCCUGUAGCAUGGAAUGGUGGAAGGAACUGACAGCCUGUAAUUUCCUCCCAGACAGAGCGCACCGAGUGGGAUGGGAAGAAUGAGCAGCAGUGAGGAGUGAGCAGCACACCAUCCUCAGCCAGCAGCCUGCAACACUACAAGCAAGUCACCCUCCUACAGGAAAAAAGGUAAUCUAAAAGGAGUGUGACUGCAAAUACCUAUGUGUGUGUCUGUGUAUGUGUACUAUGUGUCACUGAGUAUAUCUGAGUGUGUGUAUUUCUGUGUUUGUGUCCCUGUAUCUGUGGACAAUGUAUGUACCAAACUGUGUGUAUCUGUGUAUGUGUCAGUGUAUCUGUCAGUGUUUGUAUGUGCCAGUGUGUUUAUCUUUGUGCCGGUGUGUGUUUAUCUGAGUGACUGUAUCUGUCAGUGUGUAUAUGUACCAGUAUGUGUGUGUGUGUGUAUCAGUGUGUGCAUCUGUGUAAAUGAAUGUGCCAGUGUGUGUAUAUCUUUGUGCCAAGGUGUAUGUCUUUGUGCCAGUGUGUUUGUGUGUAUCUGAGUGUGUGUGUAUGUAUGUGCCAGUGUGUGUAUCUGUGUGCCUAUGUGCCAGUGUGUGUGUGUGUACGUACCAGUGUGUCUGUGUGCCAGUGUGUAUCUCUGUGUGUGUAUGUGCCAGUGUGUGUAUAUCUUUGUGCCAGUGUAUUUAUCUGCAUGUAUCUGUCAGUGGGUGUAACUGAGUGUGUGUGUAUGUGCAUGUGUGUCUGUGUAUCUUUGUGCCAGUGUGUGUAUCUGUGUGUUUUUUUUUUAUAAAUAUGGAUUUUUUUUAUAAAAAGCUAAUUUUCAUUGUGUUAGUAGAAUUUUAUUAAAAUUUCAAUGUGCACAUUUUAAAUACAAUCAAUGUGCAAAAUACAGAGAUAUUGAGAGCUGAUGCUAGCCAAAGUGUGCUAAAAGGAGUUUAUAAUGUAUUCUACAGUUAGUCAAUCCACUCACAUUUGUUAUAAGGCUGUUGUUGUAGUAGAUUUAAUGAUCCAUUAGAAUCACCCAAGACGCAAGUCUUUAUAUUCUUGAGCUCCACACUAGCAUCACAAUACCAGUGACAUCAUGCAAUUAAUUUUGUGCAAUGGCAAAGGCAUGUGAUGACACAAGAGCACGUUCCAUGCCCAGAAUAACAUCACCAGGCAAAUAUUAGUUUCUGCUUAUAAAUAAAAAAAACAGAAGGUAAGUAAUGAUACAAGAUAUGUUUUAGUGUAGUAAUUUAUUCUGAGGAUUGGAUACGGACAGUGAAUGAAUGAUUCACUAUAUAUAUCCCUGCACGGAAUAUCAGUUUAACAUUGUUUGUGUUGCUAGGUGAGUCCUUCUGUGUAUGAGGUAACUAGCUUUCAGUCCUGGCCAAUAUUAGUAGAAUGGCAAGUAUUGUUACUGUAGAGAUAUUUGUGCCUCAUUUAGGUUGUGGAGAAUAAUUACAUAAACAUAAAUCAGCAAGCAUACAUGAAUACAGAUUAUUAGCUCCUGGGCUAUCUAGCUACCGUGCUUUGUAUAAAAGAGCUAAAGUUGUAUUGGUGACUAUAUUGUCCCAUAAGCCCCUCUAAAAACCGGCGGACGGCAUAGCACAUCCCCGCCAUCCUAUGUACUUACCCGCUCGCCAAUGUUGUGAGUUGUAAGCGGAACUGGUGCAGUUCACCGGGGGGUUGCACUCUCAGGAUCAUCCUCCCUUAGCCCCCCGCUGAACUGAACCUGGAGCAAAUCCGCAUACAACGCACAUCGUACAGAGAGGGAUUACUGACAUCCAAACUGAUAGAGGAAUCCCUUAUGAGCUUGUUGAAGUGAAUGGUCUUUAUGACACACACUACCUGCUACUGCAGCAUUCAAAUACCCUGCUUCAACUGUAUUUGGUGAGAUCCUACCAAUCUUUUUUACAUUUUUUCUUUAUUUUCUUUUUGAGUACUCAGAAGAACUUACAUAUAGAGACUUUUUUUUUUUUGCUGAUUUUUUUUCCACGUUUUUGUUUCCUGCAGUUUUUAAUUAUUUUUUGUCUUUUAUAGAGACUCUGCUACCAUUUUAGGCAGGACUAACUAUAUUCCUUAUAAUUAGUACGGAGUACGGUAGUAUGUAUCACAAGCAUAUUUCGCUUAACUUUGAUCCAUAAUAUGCCCAGGAUUCAGGUUUGACGAACUCUCUGUACAUAAUUUUAAAGAUCAAGUCUUUUGGAUGAACUAUUGUUGUUUUGUGAUCUAUAUAUAUAUAAUGUACAAAAUAUGAACUCUACUUGUACAGUCAAUAGUGUAUAUAAUUUGAAUUUCGAUCAAUGAAACAUUUGUGUAUAUAGAUGAAUUUUCAUGUGAAGUGAUGCACUAAUUGAUUGCCUUUAAUAUUUUUUGUUUACACUAUCCAUUAAAUACUUUUAGAUUUUUUGAGCAACAUUUUGGAGUGCGAUAUCAUUCCUUUUUUGUUGUUGUAUAUUUUCAUGUUGGGGUUAAUAUGGGUGGGUAACCCUGAUACCAGCACCCUUCUGCAGGUUCAGGUGCCAACAUACAUUUAUAUUUAUCUGAAAUACAGCCUCCGUUAUUUCUGCCUCCAUUGAUUUGAGAAUAUAACCAACAUAAUUUGAUAUCACAGAUAUAAUUGUGGAAUCUGUUGGCGCUUUAUAAAUACCAGUGAUAAAUAAAUAAAAUGAACACUGAACACAACAGAAUGCAAUUAACAAAUGGUUAUCCUCCAUGCUCCUUAUUAACACGAGAGACACAGAAGCAUGGUCCCUCUCAGACCCUCACAAUGCAGGUGGCAGUGUGAGGGUUACUAAUAAACAAGAAGACUGGAACCAGCCCACUUACCCCAUAAACUGAGUCAAUAUCCAAUCCCAGCUGUCAGUUAACACCUCCUAAUAUUGGGAGAGUUUAAGCUUGUUGGAGCAUGCCAUUUUUUACCUGUCUGUCCACAUUAUAUUUAUACAUCAAUUACAAAUAAACUCAUUGUAUUAUUAUAAAGCACUGAGGAAACUGCGACACAAUAGAAAUAAUAAUAAUUUAUAGAAUAUUAUCACCUCCCAAGGAAAAGAAUGAAAACAUUGUGAUCGGCUGAGCAACAUCUUGAUCUGGUGACAUAUCUCUGAACAUACACUUAGGAUUUUCAAGUAAAUGGCAACUUCAAAUGAGAAUUAGUUUUUAUUUUAAUUUUUUAAAAUUAUUUUAUUUUUAAUGUGAUUAUUUAUAUAGUGCAUUAAAAUUGUAGUGGCAUGGAGCAUGCUAUAGUGGUUAUGGUGUUUGGAGUGUUCCUUUAAAAGGGAAUGUAACCGGUGUGUGUCCACUAGACCAGAAAAGGUGAAGGAUUGGAAGGGGAGUCUCAUAUUGUAAGACAAAAUAGACAAACUGGUAAAAAAAUAAAUAAAUCUCCAUCUCAGAUAAUUUUAACAGGUCCGCUAUUACAGUCCAAUACCUGCAAGCCACCUGCUACCGCACCACAAUUCACAUCUUAGUAAAUAAAGCCACAUUACCACAUUCUGCAUUAAAAUAACAUGACCAAUUAGGACUUUAAUCCUCCAGUAUUUUAAUAUAUAUCAACUGCUUUAAGAAGAGAUUAAUUAAAACACAAUGUUACUAUAUGGUCAAAUAUUUGCAGUUUUACAUUUCUCUUUCUUACACAUCCUGUAUACAUGCUCCACUUUAAAUGCACAUUGGUUUGUUGGGUGGCGAUCCCUUUAAAUGCGUGACGUCAUACAACGGCGACCAACACGCUCAAAGACCUUGAAACCGCUCUAUCUUCUCCAGUCAGUUAUAGGAUGAGGCGACCGCAGUAUGCCUGAUUACAGAUUUAGCAAGCGUCAGCGCCGUGUAUAAGAAUACACGGGUUUAUCAUACCCAGGACAUCGGAUGGGGGCAUAAAGAUAUUCACUAACAGCAUUUUUUAAUGUUAUUACAUCCUAUCUUUUGAAAAGGCAAACAGAAAGCCACCCAUAGGGGCCUUUUAUGCCAGUGUCGCAGAGUAACAUGCUGGAAGUGCUGUCCAUGUGAGAGAACUCACUUGUCUAUGUACAUUGAUGGGGUCACGGAUAAAGUCUGCUUAUCGUGCAUUCAUAUAAAUGGUUUAUUUCAGUGACUAACGUGGAAUUAUUAUUUUUUUUUAUCCAUAAUGAAUUCUAACAAAGUUAGAUAUUUAAUCUUUUUCCAAUAUUUUGGGACAAAGUAUAGGUAGGUGCCAUUACUUUAAACAUUCACUUUAAACAUUUCAAUGUAAUUCUUUAUACCUGGCAGAAUAUCAUUAUAGGAGAAUAUAUUUGGUACAAACAUAUAAUACUUUGUUUAGCUGAUGUUUAUUUUCAAGGGUUUGUAGUAUGUUUAUGAACUCCCUAAUAUGGAGUAUAUUUUAAUUUAGUUUCUUUUAUACAUACAGUAAAAGAUCCAUAAUUGUAUAUGUUGUAAUUAAUGAGGCAUGCAUGUAGUUGUUUAGUGUAAUGGAUUAAAAAAAAGAAAAAAUAAUUUUAUAUAUAUGCACAAAUUUAACAAGGUAUUAUGAAAGGCGAAAUUAGUUUAACCCCUUAAGGAAACAUGACAUGUGUGACAUGUCAUGAUUCCCUUUUAUUCCAGAAGUUUGGUCCUUAAGGGGUUAAGUAUUUUUUUUACAUAUUUACCUUUUAAUAACCCAAUGGUUUAAAAAAAAAAAAAAAAUAUCAACAAUCUAUGCAUUUUUUCAGGUCAUACAAUUAUAGUUGUGGUGAUUUCCAAAGGUUUGUCCAGCUAUCACCCCACACUUACUGAAUGCUGUCACCAGCGUGCUGCCCCCCAAGCUGUACCGCCCGCUAACUUGCACAAUUUUUAUCACAGCUUGUACUGCAGCACUCACCUGCAAGUUUACUUAGUUUCAGUCAUCCAAGCUUGAGGAAACCAUGUCUGAUGAAUGGAACAAUCCAAUGUUAAAAAUAAAUGUAUUUAUGUCUAACGUUGGAGUGGUCAAUUUUUUGGGUUACUUUUAAGGUCCUUCACUGGUUAAUGAAAAAAAAAAGUUAUUCAUAUUUUUUUCAAUGGCGAGACAGUCAUCCUUGCGACUUCACUUUACCCUGGGAAUCAUCAAUAUGAUCUCUGGGCCAAUCCAAUGUUUCUCAAGAUAAAAGCAUUGGGUUUAUAGGGCAGUUUUCGCACACUACAAAUAGAAGGCUAUUCUAAUCCAAUUCUUUUCAAUGAGAAGCAAUCACUGGUUCUUUGAACUAGCCUUUUUGUUGCUGCAUUCAAGGUUUUGUAUGAACACUUUUUUUCAAUAUUUUUGGAGUAUUUUUUUUUCCUGGAAAUCUUCUGAUUGUGCAAUUUUAUUCUUUUGUUUCUCGAGAUUGAUUGAUUAUCCAGCUUAAAUUGGAUCUGAUAUCUGUUGGUUCCUAAUAAAGUUACAUUAUGUGAUUAAAGUUGCUAUAUAUUGUGUAUUUUGUCUUUUUUUAAAAUUUAUUUUAAAAAUGAAUCUUAAGACUUUGCCUUACAUACCGGUAUAUUUAAAGCAGAACUGUGAUUUCUCUGGAAACUGUGGAACUCUGGAACUGUGAUUUCUCUAGUGAUUUUUUUUUUUUUUUUUUUUUAAACCUAAAACUAAAGUAUGUUUAAAAAUAUGAAAAAUCCUAGGUAGCAUUAAUUGGCUAUUGGUAUGUGCAUAAAUAUUUCAAGAGACUUAACUUGUUUAACUUGCUUCAAGGAAAGUUAAAGAGGGCUAGGUAGAGAUGUUCUGUUUUAUCAUCCAGGAGUGGUGGGCAUCAUUGGUAUCACCACAUGGGUUAUGCAUUACCUGUUACACAAAUUCAAUGAGCAUACAAAAGAAGAUAUCCGCUGUCUUAUAUAUGACUUGUUUUGUAGUCUUCAUAAUGCACAAAAAUACACUGAACGCUAGCCAUCUUACAUAGAAAACAAGUAGCCCCGCAGAUCCCUUACAUGAGAUGAAAAUGGCCAUGCUGAAUCUCAAAUCUGAGCUUUGUAUCUAAUAUUUGAAUCGGUACUGAUCCUAAAUCUAGGUCAUGGGGAAAUGCUUGCAUUAGUAAACCUAAAAGUUCAACAAAGCUAACAGAUUAAAAUGGAAUUAAAACGUCUGCUUUAAUCUCUUUAUGAAUAUUGGUAGGAGCAUUACUGGUUAGAGGUACCAAGGUAAGUGUCAAACCAUUUAAAAACGCUACAAAUACAUACUGUGGGACAGCACCAGGGGUCACUUGGCACCAAAACCAAUACAGCAGGCUGUAGUGGUUAUGGUGCUUGGCAUGCUCUAGGGCAGGGGUAGGCAACCUACGGCACUAGUGCCAUGCACGGCACUCGAGGUGUCUUUGCACGGCACUCAAGGCUGCUAGAGCUAAACACACUCUGGCCUAUCAAGAGUCCCAGUAAAACUUCAGAUAUCUGCUAAUACGAAGAGGUGGUGAAGGACAAUCCUCAAUUUAUGCAUUGCAGCACAUAGAGGAAGUAAUCUCAGAUCACUUCCUCCCAGCACUUGUGAAUGGGAAUCCACACUGUAGUAGAGCAGCCCUCGACAGCUAUCGCAGCUCCUGUCCUUGACCUGUACCUGGCCAGCCUGGAACCCACCCACACUGCUAGAUAUACACGAAGCUGCAGAAUAACCCUCCCCUCAUACAAAUAAUAUGAACAGCCCACACACACCAACACACAAUCCCCACAAACGCAACACCACUAACAAUCCACAUACAUGCACACAACCCCACAUGCAGCCUCUCACAUGCAAUACCCCAAACAGCCCCACACAUACACACACUACCAAAUACACAAUGUGACAAAUCCAUCCACACACAAGUCCACAAGCAGCCCUCAUACACAGCCCACAUUCAUAUGUAUCAUACAUGAUACCAUAAACUACUAAUGAACAUAUACAAUAUAAUAGCUCAUAUACGCACAAAUACAACGAUACAAAGCAAUUACAGUAAAAAUAACACAAGCAGAAUACGGUAGCAUACACACCUCAAUUUAAAAAAAAAAUAGGACCGGCACGCUACGGGACAUCACAAUCCUAUAUCGGCACAGUGCUGCUAAAAGGUUGCCUACACCUGCUCUAGGGUAUCACAAUCUGUGGGUAGAUCUUAUAUAAACAAGGAGAAUCGAGAGUACCCAAUAAUAGAACAUAACGUUGAGUAGGUGGGAGUCUUGGCACCCUGAGUAAUGUCUGAUAUGUAUUAAAGGACCACUAUAGGCACCCAGACCACUGCAGCUCAAUGAAAUGGUCUGGGUGCCAGGUUCCCCCAAGUUUUAACCCUGCAGCUGAAAACAUAGAGGUUUCAGAGAAUAUAAUAUUAGGGUAAGCAGAGUAAAAUUAUUUUUGCAAAAUUUUGAAAGUUAGCUUCAGAAACAUGUUAUCACCAGAUAUUAAUCUCAUAGGAGGGCAGUUACGGUAGAUUUAGUUAAAGAAAGCUCAAUUGUAGUGGGGUUAGAAAGUAUUAUUUUGCAUUUGCAUCUACUAUGUUAAAUGAAACGUUAAAAUAUUUUUUUUAGACCAAAACAAUACUUCUCCCAGCAUUUGAAGCCGUGUUUGUGAUUUGUAAAUAUGCUAUAGUUUUCUUGUGUCAAUGGAAGGCUCGGCUAUCUAUUGCUUUAUACAAUAAUCUUAGCAGCUAAUAGAAGGGUGAGUUCAUAUUUAUUUAAAUGUAUGAAAACUCAUUUUUUUCUGUUCAUUUCAUGUAGACGGUUUCAAAUGAAACUCACUUAGCUUUGUGUUUGAACAGUAAAGUUGUUAUAGUUUGUAUGUAGCCUACGUAUUCAGAGGUUCUAUGUUGCCAUUGUACAGCGCUAUGGAAUCUGAUGGUGCUAUAUAAUUAAUAUAAUAAUAAUACCUAUUCGUUUUUACUGUUAUGUUAUAUAGUUUAUAUCAUUGUAUGUCCUUCUUACGUCGCCAUAGAUAUCCCUAGUGGUUGUCAAAUUUAAUUUCCAUUUUCUUAAAUGAAGUAUUACUGAUUGCAAGCUAUCCAAAUCUUGCCAUUACGCAGAGACCCAUUCAUUUUUUUCUACCACCAUUGCAGUAAGUGACCUGAAUUUGUCUUUUUCUUUACUUUUAGUGGAGUGGUGGAGACACCUGUCACACAGUCUGUUCUAGGUGUGCAGAACUAUUUGCAGGUGAGUUUCAAUUUAAUCACUUGUCUCCUAGAGUUUGUUAUAUUGACGGCCAGGGUUAUCAACUAAAUUGAGAACUGUCAUUAACGAACUAAGGCACGGCUCGACAAAUCCUAGGCGCCCGGUCGCCAUGGCGACUCAAUAUUUUGUCCUGGCACCUGGGAUUGGUCAGCCCAUUCCCUCCUCCUGUGUCAAUCCCAGUGCAGCGCUGUGUGCGCCGGGAGGUAGUGAAUAACUAAUUACUUCCUUCCUGCAGAGGCAGCGCAGUGGAAUGGCAAGCUAACCUGGCAGGACACCAGGUAAAGCAAAGCAAACCCAUGUUGCUAAAAAUAUGUAUUUUUCUUCUCUAAUUUCUGUAUAUCUGUUGUGUGUAUGUCUGUAUGUGCAUUUGUCUGUGUGUAUGUAUGAAUGUUUGUGUGUUUAUAUAUUUGAGUGUAUCAAUAAUAAUACUUUGUGUGUGUAUCUCUCAACAUGUUUCUGGCAGUGUGUGUGUCUGUCAGUGUGUCUCUCUCCAUGUUUCUGGCAGUGUGUGUGUCUGUCAGUGUGUCUCUCUCCAUGUUUCUGGCAGUGUGUGUGUCUGUCAGUGUGUCUCUCUCCAUGUUUCUGGCAGUGUGUGUCUGUCAGUGUGUCCCUCUCCAUGUCUCUGUCAGUGUGUGUGACUCUCUCCGUGUGUGUCUGUCUCUCAGUGCCUGUCUCUGUCAGUGUGUGUGUGUGUCAGUCCGGGUGUCUGUCAGUGGAUGUUUAUGUUUAGGUCACCAGCCCCCUCCGAUCGCAUUGGGAAUUAUGUUUUUACUCAUCUUUUACCUAGCGCCGUACCGGUUUUGCUGUAGCUGGCCCACCUUCGUAGCUCAGAUUAUCAAUUGCCAAUCAGCAUCUCCUCAUAGAGAUGCAUUAAAUGAAUUAAAAGCAUCUCUAUGGGUAACGUUCAGCACCUACAUGCAGAGCGUGGAAACGCUGUAUUGGUUAUGGUGACUAUAUUGUUCCUUUAAGAAUUGUAUUUUUGUUGUAAGGGUGGGGCGGGGUGGGGAGAAGCUGGCUCCUAGAUUGAAAGCAAAUUUGUCAAGCCCUGGACUAAGGAAUUUGCCAUUUUUAGGCUAAAAUGACCAAGUAAACUUUUUUUUUUCUGGAACCUGACAUUGUACUGAAAUAUUUUACUAGAUAAAUAAAUAAAAAGUUAACCAAGGGAUAGGGCAAGACGUCUUCUACUGGCUAGAACCAUAAGCCUGGGAAGACCUAUGGCCAUAUCCCCUUGUCAAGCAGAGAGGUCACCUAGUUUUACUUAUAGAACAGGGGAUAACCCUAAUUACUAGAAAUAGAAAACAAUAUCCAAGACAAACACUCCAAAUAGAAGUAAGCUGUCAGGGACAAAGUACAACUUAAAAUGAACUAGUAGCCUAAAAGCCACCCUCCCUCCCCCUUCCCAAAAAGAAAAUAUCAAAACCUUUAUUAUCCGUAAGACAUAGAGCUACUACUGUCAGUUAGAGGAUCCUACAUAGGAACAGUGUAUGCAUAAUAGGUAUAAGGGAAUCCGCCAUGGGGUACAGAUGAACCUUCCACUAGAAUAUACCCUGCUAUUAGGCAGAGACCAAUGUGGGAAAAUGAGGAGAUAAUCUAAAUCUCUACUGAGAAAAGGGACCUCCUAGACAUUCGCUAGUAUGAGGUAAAUUAACAAAAAACAAAACAAAAAGAGAUUCUUCACAGCGAUUGCUGUAACUCCAGUCCCACCAUAACCACCGUACCCCAUAAAAAAAUAAAGCUAAUUCUGUCCCUAAUACUUCGGUACCGCACGAAGCUAGUGCCUACCUGAACCAAAGACCCUUUAUAAGUAACUCAAAAGCAAAAAGAUAAAGUGCUACCUAAUAAGUGCAAAAGUGCAUAUUAAAAUAAAUAAGUAUGGCCCGACACAGAGAAUUACUGUGAGGUUCAUUGCUGUGGAGCUCUGUGAUUUACUGAUACACAGAGAGUAUUAUUCUGAGGUUUAUUGCUGUGGAGCUUUGAUACACUAAUACAGAGUAAGCAUUACUGUGAGCUUUAUUGCUGUGGAAUUCUAGUUAUACACUGCACUGAGUUUCAUUGUAGUGGAGCUCUGUGAUAUGCAUAUACACACUACAUAUUACUGUGACUACCAUAACUGUAGAACUCUAGUAAUAUAUUAAUACAUGCUGCACAUUUCCACUAGCCUUUUUUAUUUUUGCUGUGGAGCUCAAUGAUACUCUCAUACACAUCAGGUGUUCCUAAAAGUGGACAGUAAGGGAUCUGGGGUAUUAAAGGGACACUGUAGGUACCAGAAUCAGUGCAUCUUAAUGUAGUGAUUCUGGGGAAUAUAACCUGUCCCAGCAGGUUCAGCAAUGUAAACAGUAUUUACAUUGUUGUCCAACACCACCUCUAGUGACUGCCACUCUGACAACCCCUAGAGUGACUUCCUGGACAGGGACCUGUAAAGAAUGCAGGACCUAAGUUCAACAUCUCCACACUCUACAUGGAGGCACUGAACACUCCCAAUAAAAAUGCAUUGACACCUUGCAAUAUUCUGUGAGAUGCUGAUUGGUUGCAGCGCUGUCCCUUUGGGGAAGCAUUGGAUUUGCUGAGCUCAUUUGUGAUGAUGAUCUCACCCAGGUUAGGAACGGCGGCUGCAGUGAGACUGGUGUGCCAAGGGGAGUAAAUUUUAAGUUUUUCCACGACACGAGGACAUAGUCUUAAAGGGGCACUGUCAUGGCCGAAUCCCGUUUUUUUUUUAACCCCCCUCCCGACUCCACUACAUCUAACUGACCCCCUAGUCACCCUCAAAUGCCUGUAAGCCCCCCAUAUUAUCUAUUUUUUAUUCUUUAUUUUCUGCCCCGAUCUAUAUUCAGGGCACCGCCAUCUUUGUGUGGGUAUAUGAAGUCCCUGUGAGACACAUCAUCUGCCCACACAAGAUAGAGUGAAACACUUGGACAUGCGAACGGGAAUUUCAUCUAUUCAUUCAUUCGUCAGAAAGAUGAAGGAAUGACUAGAAAUUUCAGAUGAACAAACAAACACUGAAUAUCGGUGUUCGUUUGUUCGUUCACUUUAUUACAAGGAGGGAGUUACCGCUUGUAAUAUGUAAAAAUAGAAGCGGCAGGGAGCAGUGCUCCCCGCCACUUCAUAAGCCCCCCAUGUCCUCCUUCACUCUAUGGGGGUCAAUAUGACCCCCAUAAUAGCAUAAGGGAGAUUAAAAUCUCCCCAAUGCCCCUACUCGCUAUACCGCGAGUAGGGGCAUGUCCACUAAACAAAAAAAAACUGUUAUCCGGCCCCCACCCCUGCGUGGCGGGUGGGGGCCCUAAAUAACAAUAAGGGGGGACCUAUUGUCCUCCCCCCCAGCCCCCACCCCUGCGUGGUGGGUGGGGGCCAUAAAUUACAAUGGGGGGGACCUACAGUCCUCUUCCCCGGCCCCCACCCUUGAGCGGUGGGUGGGGGCCAUAAAGAUAAUGAGGGGGGGGGACCUAAGACAAAUCUUCCCCUAACCUGUAAAGAAAAAUUAAACUUACCAUUUGAUGUCUUCUUUUUUUUUUAAAUCUUCAUUUUUCAGCCCCAAAAAAGGCCAAAUAAAUUGGUUGGAAUCUAACCAGUCAGAGUGCUCUUUGUCAUUUUACACAGCAUGGGAAAAUUCCAAAGAACUUUCCCACGCUGUGUAAAAUGACACAAAGCACUCUGAUUGGAUGGAUUUCAAGCCACCCAAUCAGAGUACUCUGUGUCAUUUUACACAGCGUGGGAAAGUUCUUUGGAAUUUUCCCACGCUGUGUAAAAUGACAAAGAGCACUCUGGCUUAAACCAGCCAAUCAGAGUGUUCUUAGCCUAAUUGCAGGGCGGGGCAAGGCUCAGUCUGCGCGGAGCCCUCCAUGGGUGAAGAUGGAUUAUUUUUUUUGCGCUCAGGUUUUUUCUUUUUCGUCAGGUUCUUUUUUUGCGCUCUGGUAUUUUAUUUUAUUUUAAGUUCAGCGGGUAUGAUGUUUUUUUUAUUUGGCCUUUUUUGUGGCUGAAAAAUGAAGAUUUUAGAAAAAAGAAGACAUUAAAUGGUAAGUUUAAUUUUUCUCUACAGGUUAGUUAUUUUAUUCCCCCUCACUAUUUUUUAGGGUGAGGUGGGUAGGUAGGGGGUAACUUUUUUUUUGGGUGGGUGGGAGAUUUGAUGGGUGGGGGGAGAUUUGUCUUAGGGCCCCCUCCCGCCGCCCAGGGGUGGGGGGCCAGGGGGGGGGAGAACAGUAGGUCCCCCCCCCAUCAUUAUAUUUAUGGCCCCCACACACCGCUCAAGGGUGGGGGCCGGGGGGGAGGACAGUAGGUCCCUUCAUUGUAUUUUAUGUCCCCCAUCCACCGCGCAGGGGUGGGGGCUGGGAGGAGGACAGUAGGUCCCCCCCCAUUGUAAUUUAUGGCCCCACCCACUGCGCAGGGGUGGGAGCCGGAGGGAGGACAGUAGGUCCUCCCCCCCAUUAUCUUUAUGGCCCCCACUCACUGCUCAAGGGUGGGGGCCGGGGGGGGAGGACAGUAGGUUCCUCCCCAUUGUAAUUUAUGGCCCCCACCCACCGCGCAGGGGUGGAGGCCGGGGGGAGGACAGUAGGUCCCCCUCCCCCCGAUUGUUCAUUAUGGCCCCCACCCACUGUUCAGGGGUGGGGGCCAAUAGGUUUUUAAUUUUUAUCAUUUUUUUUUUACUAGACAUGCCCCUACUAGCGGUAUAGCAGAUCAUUUACUAAUACUAAGUAAUAUUUAAAUGUGGCUGAAAGACCAAUUUAGGUCUUUCAGCCUUUUUGUAGAUAGCUCCCUGAUACCGUGGGAAUUAGGGAGUUAUCUACUGAGUGGCUGCAAGAUGCAGCCGCGGCACAAAUUGAAUCGGAGUUUCAUUCAUUCGAAUUAAAUUUCGAUAUGAACAAAGUGCCGAAUUGCGUUCUAAAACAAACGAACAUACUGUUCUCAUUCAGUUAGAACGCAAUUCGGCAGUUUCGUCUAAAAUGACAGGAAGCAUCGCGAGAUCACAGAGGAAAGGUAAGAAUUAUGAGAAAAUUGCUCUGACCAGCAGAAAUGAAGCACACUUUGCUCCUCCGCUGGUCAGAGAUGGUCAAGCGGAGGAAACCUCCAUAAGGCAAAGUGCCCCUACUUUGUCUUAUGAUUUUAAAGAAAACUAAAGAAGAGAGGAAGAAAAGAAGAACAGAUCCUGAGAGAGGGGGGGGAAGAGAUUAAGGAAAGGUAAGUUCGACAUGACAGUGCAGCUUUAAAUUAGAGGGUGAAAGGUUUAAAAACAAAGGUUUAAAAAUAUCAGGAAGUAUUACUUUACUGAGAGGGUAGUUGAUGCAUGGAAUAGCCUUCCAGCUAAAGUGGUAGAGGUUAACACAGUAAAGGAGUUUAAGCAUGUGUAGGAUGGGCAUAAGGCUAUCCUAGAUAUAAGAUAAGGCCAGUGACCAGUGAAAGUAUUAAGAAAAUUGGGCAGACAAGAUGGGCCGAAUGGUUCUUAUCUGCCGUCACAGUUUAUGUUUCUAAGUAAAAUCCUUUCUUUAUUUCCUCAAGUAUGGGGAGCUGAACAUCUAAAUAGGUAGGUUUAACAUGCUACCACUAGGAAUCCAUGUUUGUAUUCCGAACGCUACAGUGUUCCGUAAAAGAUGUUUUUUUUCCUUCUGAUAACUAGCCUAUACUGACAGCCUUUUUUUUCUUUCAUUCACAUUGUUUAGAUUACUUUAUAACUGUUUACAAGACCCGCAUUCUUUGUUUGUGUUACUUUAUCCAUGAUUAGAUCCAUAUUGUUUUACCUAACAUUACAAUAUAAUAUUGUUAUAUAUCAGAAAUGAAAUCGGUCGAUGUCCGCACUUUACGCUUCACACCUUCCCCACUUCUUACCAGUUGCAGGAAACAUAAGAAUCUGUCAGCGACUAAUAGCGAUAAAGGUUUCGGUGUAUGUCUGGAACAAAACCUUAGUGGAUUCCAAAGUUAAUGACCGUUUAAUUAAAGAAAGGAAAAUGCAUUGCUAUGUUAGGCAGCUCUGGUGCCCACUGCCUGCAUCACCUGCUAGUAAUUAAGAGGAUCCACCCAUUUCCAAGCCCAUUGUUGCUGUAGUACUCCGCAUACAAUAACAGACAGAGAGUGCGAAAAGGAUCAGGUGCAUUUAACACGUGUGUUACAGCCCCGGCAGGUGGCCAAAGGGCUACUUGUUUAAACACGUUAACCUCUGCGUGUGUAUCAGGGUGUAUCAGGGUGUGCAUCUGUGUGUGUGUGUAUAUAUAUAUAUAUAUAUAAGUCAGUGUGCUUCUGUGUCUGCACACACAUAUGUGUGACAAGGUGUGUGUUUUUAUGUCAGUGUGUGUAUCUGUGCCAUGGUGUGGGCAUGUAUCAAUAUUUGUGUAUGCCAAGGUGCAUGUUUGUAUAUGUCGAUGUGUAUAUAUGUGUGUAUGUGUCGGUGUAUGUAUAUGCAUCUGUGUGUUAAUGUGCAUGAAUAUCUGAGUAAGUAUGUAUGUAUGUAUGUAUGUGGUAGUGUAUGUGCAUACAUCCAAGCAGUCAAACACCAGCACAACAUACAAGCACACUCCUGCAAUCUAACACAAAUAUUACAUACAAACACAGCACUGCAUUCAAACUAAAAAAAAAUAUACAAACACACCCCUUCAUUCAAACACAAAUAUUUCACACAAAUGUUCAUCAGCAUUGAAAAGUGAACAUUACAUUCAGACACACCCCUGCAAUCAAUUGCAAACAUUACAUACAAGCACACCCCUGUAUUAAAACACAAUAACUAUAUACAAGCAUCCCUUCAAACACCAACACUGUACAUUACACUAUAGCGCCAGUAAAUGUGCAGCGCUGUACAGAUAUACAACCUAGAAAUUUUGACUGGAGGUGCCUUGGAAAAAUACUGAAAUAUUAAGGCGCCUUGAACCUAAAAAGCUUGUUAAAACUGCGAUAAACCAUUCAUUAACGGUUUCACCCCUAGGCUGGUGCUGGAGGACAUCCUGGCCCCAUAACAACUUCAAUCCAUUGAGGUUGUUAUGGUGCCUGGAGUGUCCCUCUAAAGGGGAACAGUGACAUCCUAGAAUUUUUUUAUAUUAUUUGUCCUUAUCACCUAUAUUUAACAAAUGUGUUUUUUUUAAGGGUAGAAAAGAAGUAAAUGUAGAACUCUGCACUACUACAUAUGUCUUAUCCCGGAUAGUGAUGUCGCGAACCGUUUGCGAACUUGCCGUGAACGGUUCGCCACGGUUCGUUCGCGGUGAACUCCGGUCAGCUGACACAACAUGGAUGCUGUCCAGGAAGUAGGAGGGUCUGGGAGGGAGGGUCUGCCGGAGAUUGGCAGGGAUGUGUCAGCUGACUGGAGUUCGCCGCGAACGGUUCGCGACAUCACUAAUCCCGGAGUUGCGCUCCUCCAUCUUGGCUCCCUGUUAUGAGCUCUGCCUUUUGCAUGUCGUAGAACCAGAAACAAUACUUCCAUUUCUUCUCGUAUGCAAUGUGUGCCUUGACUAUGACUGAACUGAACAAGAUUGUGGUAUCAAUUCCUAAAUCUUUACUAUACAUUUAGAGGGACACUAUUAUCACCCAGAACCACUUUAAUCAAUGAAGUGGUCUUGGUGCAGUGUCCUUGUCCCCUUAACCAAUCAAUGUAAAACAGCUGACAGCCACUAGUAGGACUCAGUGCUUUCCUAUAGGGAAUUUUGAAUAUUCUAGGGCAGGGGUAGGCAACCUUUGGCACUGCAGAUGUUGUGGACUACAUCCCCCAUAAUGCUCUUACACCCAUAAUGCUAGCAAAGCAUCAUGGGAGGUGUAGUCCAAAAUAUCUGGAGUGCCGAAGGUUGCCUAUGCCUGUUCUAGGGGAAGCAUUGGGUUCGUCUAGGGCCUUCUCUAUGAUGUUGCCUGGGGAGGAGAGCCUUGGUGCUGCUUCAAGAGAAGCUAAAAAUGGGUAUUUAACCCUUUCAAUGUUGAACGGGGCAGUGGGGGGCCUAAUACUACUAGGGACAAGAGCACUAUACCGUUAGGAUUACAGAUUUAUAUUCCCAACAUUAUAGUGUUCCUUAAAAAAAAUAAACAGAGCAUACACAAGUUACAGUGUUUGUGUAAUUUAUAGAGAAGUCACAGUUCCCCUUUAAAACCACCCAUUUCUAUAUAUCAGUAUGAGAACUCUCCGAGAAUGAGCAAAAGCUUAGAGAAAUCCAGUAGCUUUGAAAAAAUCCCUUUAGUUAGUCCCCGCUCAGGUCUCAAAAAUGUUUUUGCUCACUUGUGCCAUUGCAAAGAAAACCUGUACCAUUUGCAUAUCAGACUGAUCCCCACCCAUAAGGGCAGUCAGUCAGGAUCUGAAAUGCAGGAACGAGCAAUACAGCAACCUCGGACUUUCAGCUACACUUUGCUGACGAGGCUCAGAGGAGGCGGAAACGAUUGUCGAGGGUUGAUGCAUUCCCUGUGCAGCAAGAGGUUGCCAGCAUUUCGGUUCCGAACUGCCCUUAUGGGUAGGAAUCAGUCUGAUGCACAAAUACUAUAGGUUCUCUCUGUUCCUCGCACAAGUGAGCAAAGCAUUUUUGAGCCCUGAGCGGUGAUUUACCAAAGGGCAAGAUAGUGAUUUUCUCUCAGCUUUUGCUCAUUGUUAGAGUUCUCAUAUGCUCUGUUUUUGUUGCAAUUAAGUUACAUGUAUAUAUCGGAAGAAAUAGGUGGUUUUAAAGGGGAACCGUGACACCGCUGAAUGAAGCUCUUCAAAUCACAUACACUGUCACUCGUAUCAGGCUUUUUAGAAGUGCAAGCUGCAGGGUUUCUCUCUCAGAUUCUUUGGUUGAUUUUUUUGCUAUAUAUGAAACUUACAUUUCUACUGGAAGAUUUUCAUAAUGCACUUAUGUUAUACGUAUUCAUUCACUAAACUAGGAAUUAUAGAGAACUAACAAAAGAAUUAUAAAAUUUAAGUUAAAGCUGGAAACAUGGUUGCAAUAGAGGACUUUUCAUAUUCUGCUACCUUGUCCUAAAUGUCAUGAUCCCUUGUCAUUUCUCUGCAGACCCUAAACUAGAAAAUUGCAAAACUGAGGCUAAAUGGCCACACUGUACCUCAGUGGGAGAAAUCUUGUCCCACUAUUGACAAACAGUUUUGUUAUUUACGCUGGGAGGGCGCAUAUACACUAUUUGCACCAUAACCACUGCAGAGGGCUGCGGUGGUCAUGGUGCUUGGCGUGUUCCUUUAAACCUUACAUGUGUUGUUAGCCAGGAGUAAGGACCUAGGAACGUGAAUAGCACACGAUCUUCUUUCACUGAUGUCCCUUGGUUCUCUCACUGUUGUCGGUGACAUUCUGCAGAACCAGCUGUGCGUAGUGUGUAGACUUCAGUCUUUCAUAACAGCAGUUCAGUUUGUGUGCCCAAGCUAUUUUCAGCCAAAUCUUAUCAAUGAAUGUCCUUGUUACGUACAAAAACAAAUUGUGGUUUCCUUCUCUGUUCCUCUGUGGUUACAGGAUCCUUUUUUUAGCUGUUAUUUUCUAUUUUAGAAGACAGCAUUUGUCAAAAUAAAAUGGCCUCUUGUAUGUUUUUGAAGCUCACAGCUGGCUGCGUGAUCUGUUUAUAAAAUAAUGUGUACUAUAUUGGGAACAUGUGCAAGGAAAUUCUGUAAGGUCAGGUGACACAGUGGUAUCCCUUAGUGUUAAUAUUCCUUAAAGAUUUACUGCCAUCCAAUUCAGGAAUAGAAAAUGCACCCCAGGCACCUGGAUAGCAUGCAUGUUUAUUAACCCCUUAAAUAUCAAAUAUUUACCUUUGCUGUCAUCAAAAUCUGGUCUGCAAAGAUCGUAUGCAUGCUUAAAUUUUCCUACUUAUUCUGCAUUUCUAGCGCUACAAAGCUGGCAUGAAUCUUGCUCUUUCUUUGCUUUUUGGAAUAGGAUCCGUAAAGAUCAGAUUAUGAUGGCCUUGACUGUCAUUUGUCCUUAAGAGGUUAAAGAUCCACUAAAGUCACCCAGACUGUUAUAUCUCAAUGUUCCUGUACUUUUAACCCUGUAAAACCUUGCAGUUUUUUUAAUUUAUUUUUUUGAAACUGCAAUAUUGUAGGGUUAAGUCUACCUCUUGCGACUGUCUACUAGUGGUGCUUCCGCUGCAUGGCCGAUUAAAAUUCUGUCACGUGAUGCAGAUGCAUGGAUGCACGUGGGGCAUCAGUUUCCAAUGCUUCUCUACAAGGAGCAUUGGGUUGUCCAUCACAGAGGAAGCCAGAUGACGUUGCAAGAGGCAGUGUGGCGGGCAGUGCAGGGGAAGCCUCUGUGCUAGAUUAAGGUAAGUAAAAACCUUACUUUGAGGGCUGGGGGGGGGGAGGUUUGAAAAAACAAAAACAAAAAAACAAAACUACAAAUAGGUCACUAUAGUUUUAAGAAUGCAGGUUUGUUUUCCUAAUAAUGUAGUGUUCCUUUAAAGCAAGGCUGUCCGACUUGCACCUCCCUUCCCCCCCCCCAGAUGUUGCUGAACUGCAACUCCCAUGAUUCCCUGACUAUCAGUUUAAUUGAAAGAAUCAUGGGAGUUGCAGUUAAAGAAGCACUAUAGUGCCAUGAGGUCAUUAGGUCCCCCCCACCCUCGUGGCCCCCCUCCCGCUGGGCUGAAGGCGCAUGUUCUGGACCAGUGAUGGGAGGGAACAGAGGACAGAGAAUGGAGGGCUUUUAUUAUGAAAAACAUAAAAAUACCUAAAAAUAGAGAGAGGCGUGGAGCACAGAGAGGGAACACUGAAGCUUCCUUUUGGAAGCAUGGUGAUAGCAAGUGAGAAGCAUAUUACAUUUGUUCGUGUACUCAGAGAUGUAAUAUUUGCACAAAAUUUAUAUUAGUUCAAAACAGAGGUCUGGGCUGCCUAAGUCACGUGUGCCAGGGGUGUAAAUAUCUCCAUAUAUGAAGUGUUUCAAGCAGAAACAGUGCAAAUAAAGACUCCUACCACCAUCACCACUUCUAAAAGUACAGUAAUACCCCUCCCAGCAGCUGUCAAUCAGACAGUGGGCCAGGUUACUCCUUGAUUGUUUUGCUCAGUGGAGCGUCUGCUAUGUAAAGUCCUUCAGUGGGGGUGGGAUGUAAAAGUGACACUCUGAGCCAAUCAGUGCCAUUCAAACAUGGAUGAAAUAGAUGCAAUUAAUGCAUGAAAUUAGCUUCCUUGGUAGCAAUUCCAGCAAGUGGGGGCAGGCUCACUGGUGCCUCAAUGACCCCUGGUUUUGCCCAUUUCCCAAAUAGUAUGAACAUGGGCACAGUGCCUACAGCCUAAUAGCACCAUAACAACCUUGCUUGUAAUGUAUACUGUGCUUUGAAUGAUCCUUUAACCCCUUGACGAUCGAUGACGGUUCAGGACCGUCAUCGGAAACAUCCCCUUGAGGACCGAUGACGGUCCUGAACCGUCAUAACGGUAAUCGUUACUCACCUGUCGUUCCCCCGGCAGCGAUCGGCGGUGCUCCCGGUGUGGGGAGACUGCCUGCAGCCCAGACAGCCUCCCCAUGGCGGAUUAGGAGCCCUGGGGCCAUGUGAUCGCUCAACAGAGUGAUCACAUGGUCACAAUAGGUGUCCAUGUGUCUGCCUGCAGGGGGACUGUCUGUGCUGACAGGCAGUCUCCCUGCAUGUGUAAAAUUAAAAAAAAUUAAAAAUAAAGUUAAUGUUAAUAAAAAUAUAAAUUAUAUAUGUGUAUAUAAAUAUGAUAUAUAGACAUAUUAUAUCUAUUUAAUAUAUGUCUAUAUAUCAUAUAUAUAUAAUGUCAUACUAAGUGUAUUUUUAUAUUAAUAAAUACGUAUAUUGAUAUAAAAAUACACUUAUAAUCAAAUUACACACGUAUAUAUAAUAUAUAUAAUAACUAUAUAUAUUGUAUAUAUAUUAUAAUAAAAUACAAAUAAGUAAAUUAAAUUAAAUAAAAAAUGUAAAAAUAAUAAAAAUGUAAAAAAAAUUACAUAUCUAUAUGAAAUUUUAUUCUAACUGUAUUUUGAUAUUUAUAUCAAACACACUUAUAAUGAAAUUGUAUAUAUAUCUAUGUAUAUAUAAAUAAAUAAACAUAAUACGGAAUGUACACAUGUCCAUAAUACAAAAUUACAUAAAUAAUUCUAUAAAUAUACACGUAGACAUCAAAUAUAUAAAUAUGCAAAUAUAUUUCAAUUCUACUUGCGUAUUUAUGUAAUAUUUUUACAUAAGUAAGUAAUUUUAUUGAUUGCAAUUUGAGGGAACUGCCUGAAAACCCAAGCCAAAAGUCCAGAGAAUUUAAUUUGCUUGCACUGUAUUUUAUCCUGUAACUUUUUGUGACACCAUAAAACCUGUACAUGGGAGGUACUGUUAUACUCGGUAGACUUCGCUGAACACAAAUAUUAGUGAUUCAAAACAGUAAAACAUACCACAGCAAUGAUAUUGUCAGUGAAAGUGACUUUUUUUGCAUUUUUCACACACAAACAGCACUUUUACUGAUGAUAUAAUUGUUGUGAAACGUUUUACUGUUUUGAAACACUAAUAUUUGUGUUCAGUAGAACAGUACCCCCCAUGUACAGGUUUUAUAGCGUUUUUAAAAGUUACAGGGUCAAAUAUUUUUACCAUGAAACACUGGGUGUUUUUAAACUCAGGACAAAAUUUUGAAUCUAUUUAGCAGUUUUUUUCAUUAGCUUUUGUAGGUUAGUAAAAAAAAUUUCAAGCAAAAGUCAAAAAACAUGUUUUUUUUCAAUUUUUCACCAUAUUUUAUUAUUUUUUUGAAAGUAAAUUAUAUAAUAUGAUACAAAAAAUGGUAUGUAUAGAAAGCCCUUUUUGUCCUGAAAAAAGCAAUAUAUAACUUGUAUGGGAACAGUAAAUGAGAGAGCGGAAAAUUACAGCUAAACACAAACACCACAAAAGUGUUAAAAGAGCCCUGGUCCUUAACGUACAACAUCGCAAAAACAGGCCAGUCCUUAAGUGGUUAAUAAGAUUUUAGGUAAAUUCCAGCAUCAAGUCCCUAAUUAAUGUUUCAAUUAAAUACAACAUUCCAUGUGUAUAGCAACCCUUUACCAAAGUACUGCUUGGGGUCCAAAAAUACCUUCCAAACAUAACGUUUUAAGUUGAUAUGACUCCGGCUCCUUGUUUGUCACACAGGUGUCUUUGUUUUGUGUGAGUAAUCGCUUCAAAUACAGCAUUAUUGCAUUUUUAUGCUAUCAGUCUGUGAUUAGGUGACUCACUUAAGAAAAUGUGUGGAUGUUGUUUUGAAAUUGAAUGUUGCGUUAUAAGUUAUGAUGAGGAAUGAGUGAAAAUAUCUUCCUAUAAACAUGAAAAUGUCUAAUUUACCCUCGCAUGCAAAGAUGGUGAAAAGUAUAAUUUUUUCUACUUCAAAUAAAUAGCAUGCUCACACUGUAAAAGGUGCAUGUACACUGUACUAUGUAAGCAGGUGAGAUUUUCGUCAGGAUUCUGUGCGGCAAAACAAGGGGGGCCCUGCAGCUGUUUCUGCUGUCAGUGAACGACAGCUUGCUUUAGAAGUUUUUAAUCUCUAUAUAUUGAACUAUAUUUGCACACAGGAGGUACCUGCAUGGUCUAUAAGGUUAUAAACCAUGUAGGAGAUAAGAAAUUCUAAGUUAAAUAGAGUGAGAAAUAAAGGAAGUUUUAAAAAUUAAAUCUCGUUUUACAGGAAGUAUUUAUAAAGGCUAUACAAGUCACAUGCAGGGAGGUGUGCCUACAGCUCCAUAAACAAAGUGAUUUAACUCCUAAAUGGCAGAGAAUUGAGCAGUGAAAUUGCAGCGGCAUGAUCUAUACACCAAAAUCGCUUCAUUAAACUAAAGUUGCUUUAGUGCCUAUAGUGAAAAUUUAAUAAUGAAAAUUGUACCUAGCUCAAAAAUGUUGGCCCUAAAUUGUAGAGUAUUGUGUUAAAACCUGAAUUAUAUUUUAGAAAGUGUUAACUAUAUUAUCUCUUAUCACUGUACCUAAGUUGUGCCCAAGAUCUCUCCUCUACACUCUCCAUGUCACUUUACUACGUUCUCCUCAUGGCCAAUGCAAGGAUUUCUGCCGCCCUAGCAAAGAUCCAUUUUGCCGCUCCCUCAUGUCACUCACUCACUGGCAGACACACACUGGCAGACACACACACACACACACUUACUGACACAUACACAGACAAACACUCUCUGACAGAGAGACAAACACUCUCUGACAGACAGACAUACACUCACUGACAGACACACACACACACACACACUCACUGACAGACACACACAAACUUAGUAAGAGACACACACUCACUGACAGACACACACACACAGACACUUACUGACAGACUGUCAAGAUACUGUAGAUGCCCAACACACAGAACUUAAGUAGAACACAAGAAAAUACCCAAGACGUAUUACCGGGCCUUAGAAUGGCCGGAUUUAACGCAUAAAGGUAAGAUGCCACAAGACAGGAAAAAGACAAGAUGAAAAUAUAACGCAAAUGAUGAACAAGCCACGGGUCAAGGAAUGGAGAAAUCAGAAUAGUCAGGAGCCAAGCCAAAGGUCAAGGAAUACAGAGAUCGGAUAGUCAAUAAGGGAAGCCAAGGUCAAGCAAUCAAUACAAGGAAUGCGCUCUCAGGUAACCAACUGGAAACCACGACAGGGCACUGAGAAAUAGACAAACUAGGUUUAAAUAGGUGUUUCCUGAUAGGCUGUAAGGAAACAUGUGAUCAAGCUUAUGUGUGUAGCACACCCAUAUUAAAUUAAUUGAUCUGGCCUUUUAAGGUUUUAACAGGAAACCCUUAAAUUAUUCACAGCUGCAGCGGGCGGCGUCUUUAAUGAUACUGAGCCGGCUGCUGCUGAGAGAGGAGAGGUCACCUUCGGUGAGUGUUUGGCAGUAUUCCUCUUAGUUUGUGGGAAUACCGCUGUCACGGCAAGGGUGUAUAAUUUAUUAUUACACUAUGGAAUAUCAUCUUUUAAUGUAAUUUGUGUAGUAAAUGGCACAAAUUACAGAGAUGCUAUUGCUGAGGUCAACAGGGGUUACAUCUUUUGAAGCUGGGACCCCCACAGAGGUCAGAUGACAGAAGGGGUAGUGUGAAUGGCAUAGCAAUGUGAAAAGGAAUUUACUAUAUGUAUGUGAAGUAAUCAAGGAUCUGCAAGGUGUGAGGUUCUACACUUGGGAAAAGUCUGAAUGUCUCUUCAUCCAUUUGGCAUGUACCUUGUAAAGGAUAGUUCAAUCAUUUGAAAUGGUAAUGGGAUUCGUUUCAUGAAGAUCCUUGUGUUCCAGUAUCUUAUCCAAGUGAAACAUUCAUACUUACCCACAUGUUAAUAAUUAAGCCUCAUUUUUAUUAUAUUUGGAAUGGGACAAGCCCAAUCUUUUAAUUAAGCCCAAACAUGAGUUGCACAACUUAAACCGUGUGUCCGUCCUAUUGGAUUGUGGGCGGGGCGUGCAACAUGUCUUUGGAAUGGAAAACAAUAACAAAUUCAUAGAGGCAAUUAUUAUUUCUGUGGCAAGUACAGUAGAGGAGAUAAAACCAAAAGUUUGUAUGUGACAUGUUGUUUUCUGGAACAAAGGAGGUGGUCACUUAGUAUCCACCCCUGGAUGAGGCGUGGCAACUAACAGGGUAUAUCUCCUGUGAUCCUAAAGGGUGUUGGUGUACUUGCUUGGGGCCAAGAUCUAAUUUUGAGUGAGUCACCAUCUUUCCUUGCCAGAGACCCCCUGGACAGAAGUUGUACUUUGAAAACCUAAGUGAGUAAUUAGGACUUCUGUAUUUUAUCCUUUUUGUUUUUACCUGUUGUUGGUGUAAAUAAUUUGUUUAUCAUAUAUUGUUAUAUGCACUGUGACUAUCUUUUGCUCAUAAUAAACAUUCAUUUAUUAAGUUUUGCCUUUGUCUGGUUAAGAAUCACGUUACCUGAAGAGACUAGUUAGUAUUUUUGCAAUAACUUAAAUAUUGUACUAAGUAAUAUUUGGUGGGUUUUAUUAUUGAUUUACCUGGGGGACCAAGGCACCCCAUUUAUAAAUUGUCUUGGUGGUGGCAGCGUUUAAAUAGUAAUAGUUAUAUUAUUAUGUUUAAGUGUGGGUGGUUUUAAAAGGGGGAUUCUGUCAUUAUUUCCGGUCUAGUGCAGACAAAUAGUGAGAACCGCCGUAGUGAUAAGCGCCCGCCGGGACCCAUGCUGCCCUCUGACAGGACGCGGGCGGCGUGACACAGACAUACACUCACUCACUGACAGACAUACACUCACUGACAAACUCACUCACUCACUGACAGACAUACAUACACUCACUCACUGACAGACAGAGACACAUACACAGACACUCACUGACAUAUACACAGACAGACACUGACAUGCAUACACUCACUCACUGACAAACCUUCACACACACACACACACACUGACAGUCAAACACACACACUCACUGACACACAGACUAACACAAUUAUUUUUUUGAGGCCCAUCCAGCCUCCCUACCUCCCUGGGGUCCAGUGUGGGACAGCGCCUCACUUCUCCAGCGCGCUGUUUAGUAUGCCGGGGACGGAAUUACAUCAUAUUCCGGCUCCCAGCGUCACAGAGGGUGCGCGAGGGAGGAGUGAGAGGCUGCAAGAACAGCUCCCUCGCCGCCUGCCUUCUCCGUCACCCUUUCCUCAGAUCACCGGCAUUUGUUGGCAGAUCAGGCACCUGCCAUCAAGGUAAGCAGGUGCUCUGCCUUAACUAGCAUUGCAUCGGGGUGGCCAAGUGACAGGGCUCUUCUCGGUGCCCCCACCUUCGGGCGCCUUGAGGAUCGGCCCGGCGUUGGGGGCGGCUCAAGAGCCGCUUGCCCAGCGUUGCGGCCCCAGACAGGGAUAGGCAGCCCAGCAGGAAACAUCCGCAGGCCGGCGCCCUGGGUGAAUGCCUAGUUCGCCUAACGGUUGUGCCGGCCCUGAUUCUCCUGGAUUCUUACCCUCAAUUCACUUGUUUCUUUAACUUUAUCCCCAGUCUCUAUACCUCAAUACCCUGGCUUUAUUUAACUUUAGUCUUUUACAGUCUUCAUGUGUAUUUCUGGAUGUGAUUAGCACAGUAGCCCAUGGUACACCAGGCUGUCAGACCAAACAGGCUGCAGAGACCUGAGGAUCUCCGCUGGGGCUGGUCUAUCAGGUGUCCCAGUGGGACUUCUGCAGAUAUGUGCAAGUUCCAACUGAGCGUUCGGCACUAGCAGUGAUUGCAACUGAGGGUGACGGGCAGCUCUCAACUUACUCAUUGCAAUGCUUGGUGGUAGAGCAGAUACUGCAGCUCCUGCCCUUGGUUAGCCAGGUCGGGUCACUGGACUCGGGUAAGCAACCCAAACUGCUAGAUAUACACACAUAGCUGCAGAAAAAGCCUCACCAACAUGCAAAUACACAAAAAUCUUCCACAAACACAACACCACCGACAACUUGCAUGCACGCACACAACAUCACAGCAACAUAUCAUCACACACACUCCCACAAGCAGCCCACAUUCAAAUACAUACCAUGAUACAUAACCCACAUACAUGUGUAACACACACAUAUGACCACCAACUGCCCAUGCACAUACAAGACAUAACACAACCAACAUACGCACAAAUACAACCCCACAAAGCAGCUCAAUCACCCAUACGUAACACAACAGAAAAUGUCAACUUGCACAUUAGUUUAAAAAAUAAAUAGGGUCGGCAUGCCCAGGGACUUUAAAGCCUUGUUAACAGGGCACGUCCUGUUUCUGUUCCGCUGAUCCAGGCCAAGCAAAAAACUGAAAGAAAAUCUGCACAAUAAACUUCUCCAUCACCAUCUGCCCUUCUCCAAAUGUUAAAACAUUUUAUUAAUAUUGCUGUUAUGAUGCAUUCCUUUUCCAAACUCCUUAGUUCCCCCAACAAGGGGACUUGAAGAGGGCAAUCCUCAUGGUCAAGCAGAAUGCUGAACGGGUGAAACUAAAUGCUGCUUGCAAAAACCUGAAAAAUAAACUGCCAUUUUUUUUCCUUUUUAUUUAUUAUAUUUUCUUUUUUUUUAUAUCACACGUAUCACUGCAUUGUUUGUUUGAAUUUGCUUUGAUUCCAAUCUCUCUGCACUCCAUAUUGGAAAGAUACAACUGAUUUAACUGUACUUUAUAACCAUGUGCCACAUGGCGUAGCUGUGUUAUCUGUAAAAUGUAAUGAAUGUUUUAGGAAAGAGUUAAGCAAACCCCAAGUAUGUUAGUUUACAGUAGCAGGCAGAGCGUGGUGAAAGGAUGUUGAGACUGAUUCUACGUAAUAUAAACUGUCUCCUGAAGCCGAGUGUCUUCAGCUUAUAGCAUUGCGGUAAUAUUAUAAGCCGAGGAAAAACCUCGGAAAUGGUCGAACGAACGCCGACCCUGGUUAUUUUACAAGGACUUUCUAAACAAUCGUGCAUUUAGUUUGCAGACACAUAACAGGCGCUUCGUGAAAGUACUGGUUGGCUACAGCACAGUUUGUUCGAUUUAUCUUUGCUUAGUAAAUUAAUCCCUAAAUACUUUCACAUUUCUGGCGUACAAUGAUUCCACCACUUGAAAGCAAUUCAUAUCUCUGGUAGUUUGGAAGGGUUUCAUAAAGUGUGUCUGUAAUCCCCAACAUAUUUAAUUUUAAUUAGCAGAGCAGAUGUGGUGGUAACAUUAUUUGUUUAAUUGUUCAGAUUUUUUUUUGUAUCAUUUUAUUAAUUUAUAUUAUUCCUAUGGCAUUCAUGGUACAUAUGCUGAUUUGCAAUACUUUUUAAGCAAGUUUGGAGAAAAAUGUACAACUUAAUAACUGCAUCUGAACCUGUUGAUACUGAUUUAAAUGGACACUAUAGUGCUAGGAAUACAAGCAUGUGUUCCAUACACUACAGUUACCUGUUCCAGAUAACCGGCUCCCCUCCAACUGCAUGAAAAGGUGAGAUGUACUUACCCUUUCUCAAUAGCUGAGCUAGUCUUACCGCGGCUUGCCAUGCCUCCAUAGGAAAGCAUUGGGAAGUUAUUGCACAUGCGCAGCAAAACUCUGCGCUGUGCCAAUCAGCAUCUCCUCAUAGAGAUGCAUUGAAUCAAUGCAUCUCUAUGGGGAGCGUUCAGUGUCUCCAUGCAGAGCGUGGAGAUGCUGAAUGUAGGUGCCGCACACAGUGUAGCAUUGAAAUAUGAAGCACCUCUAGUGGCCUUCUGAGUGACUGUUGACUGUUACUAGGGAGCAAUACAAACACUGCCUUUUCUAUGAAAAGGCAGUGUUUACAUUGAAGAGCAUGCAGCGACAUGCUAUGUACACCAGAACUACUACAUUAAGUAAUUUAAUACAAAAACCAUUUUAAUUACACAAACUCAUUUCUAAACAUGUUAAAAAUACAAGGAUGUAUUCCUAACGCUAUCGUGGUGAAGUAGCAGUUUAGGUUUCCAGCGCAUGUCAGAGUGGAGUUAAAGGGAUUCUCCAGUGCCAGGAAAAUAUAUUUGUUUUCCUGGCACUGCAGGUUUCUGCAAUGCCCCUCUCCCUCCCACCCCCCACCCCAAGUUGCUGAAGGGGUUAAAACCCCUUCAGUGACUUACCAGAGUCCAGCGCCGAAGUCCCUCGGCGCUGGGUCAGGCUUCGCCUACUCUCCUCUCUCACCGACGUCAGCCAGUGGGGGAGACCUAACGCAUAUGUGAGGCAAUGGCCGUGCAUGCGCAUUAGACCUCCCCAUAGGAAAGCAUUAUACAAUGCUUUUCUAUGGGGAUUUCGGCGAAGCUGGAGGUCCUCACAUAGCGUGAGGACGUCCAGCGUCACUGAAAACACUUUUCGUGUUCUGAGAACACAGAAGUCCCUCUAGUGACUGUCUAGUAGACAGCCACUAGAGGAGGACAUAACCCUGCAAUGUAAAUAUUGCAGUUUAUGAAAACUGCAAUAAUUACACUUGCAAGGUUAAGGGUGGUGGGAGUUGGCACCCAGACCACUCCAAUGGGCAGAAGUGGUCUGGGUACCUGGAGUGUCCCUUUAAAAGGUGUUUUAACCUCCUUGGCUGAUAUCAUCAGGCAUGAUGAUCUCUGACAAUCUAAUGCUUUCCCAUUGGAAAGCAAUGGGAGGCUACUGAGCAGCAAAACGCCACUCUGCGGCAAUCAGCAUCUUCUCAUGCAUUGAAUCUGCUCCUAGAUCUCCUCAUAGAGGUGCAUUGAAUCAGUGCAUCUCUAUGGGGAACGUUCAGCAUGCAUAGCGUGGAGAACCUGCACACUGUGCAGCACUGAAAUAUUAAGCACCUCUAGUGGCCAUCUGCGUGGCUGCCACUGGAGGUUUUACUAGGCAGCAAUGUAAACUAGGUAGCAUUUACAUUGAGAAGCCUGCAGGGACAUUCUAUAGACACCAGAACCACUGCAUUAAGCUGUAGUGGUUUUGAUCACUCUAACGUCUCUUUAGCUAAAACAGGGUGCAAGAUAAUUUGAUUGGCGCUUGUGCAAUAAUCUUCCAAUGCUGCCCUAUGGCAAAGCUUUGGAUUGGCUGAGAUCAUCAAGGCUGAUGAUCUCAGCCAAGGAAUUGGGAGGCCACGGCAAGAUCAGCACACUGUGGGAUACCUCCAUCACGAGUGCUGGCUGGUACCUAAAUAGGUAGAGUAACAGUAUAGCAUUAGGAAUACACAUUUGUAUCAAAAGCUAUACUUAUGUAAACUGUUUUUAAAGCAGGACCAGUAAGAAUUUUUUUUUCAAUUUGACAAUUUUUAUUGAGUUUUUGUUGUCAAGGGAUACAGAUGACAAAGGGACCUGUGCAAGGGACUUUGAAUAGCUUUUGGCAAGCGACAUUCCAUGCCAUGAUUCUUGCCAUCAUGUGACAACCAAUGCGCACUCCUCCCACCACCCCAGCCCUGACAAGGCCCUCCCAUUCUUUGGCCUAUCUUCGCCUUGUUGUCCGUUCCCCGUGUUGCUACUCCGUAUGGGUUCUUUUGAGUCUGUACGUGAUGUCUGUUACCAGCCUGUAUAGCGCCCCUUGUAGUAAACUGUAAACUAGUACCAACUAUAACUAUAUACAUGUGGGUUUCUAAUUGCACCGUUCCGUGUGGCUUGGCCCCUGUUAGAGCCUAUUUUGUUCUACGACCUACUGGGUUGUCCCUCUCCGAGAAUUUAUUUUUAUUUAUUUAUUUAUUUAUUUAUUUUCCUCUCUACGUGAUUUGCUCCCCUUCCUUCUCCAUGCGCAUUGUCCAAUUCGCAUAUGCCAGAUUAGCAUAUUUGUUUGUAGGGUUUUGUCUGUACAGUCCCCGUUCAUAGAGCAGAUUAGUGGUUAUCUGCCUGAUUAGAGCCUCCCUAGUGGGUGCCUGAGUCUGUUUCCAUGCCCUGGCUAUUAAUGUGUUUGCUGCAAUUAAGAUGUGAAAUAGAAUGCGGGAAUCUGUUUUGUUAAGCGUGUCUAGUCCCAUGAGCAGAAGUCCGCUCUCUGGUGUUAUGGUGAACUCCCUGUCCAGCGCUAGAUUUGUGAUUGACUCCACUUCCUCCCAGUAUUUGGUUAUAAUGGGGCAUUCCCACCAUACAUGGUACAUCGUACCCUUGCUUUCCUGACAUCUCCAACAUGUCCCUGAGGCAUUUGGAUAAAUUUGGACCAGUAAGAAUUUAAGAUAUCUUAGACCUUCUUGAGAUAGUCAUUGGUUGGGGCCUCACUUGUCACCAUAGAGUACUCGCCUCAAGCCAACAAUUUUUGCUUUUCUUUAAUUGAAAUAUUUUCAACUUUUUCUUGAACUUCUCUACAAGUGCCUAGUUUCUUUAUGUAAAAUGUUGGGUGUUUCAGGGCUCUGCUCAUUUAUAAGCAAAUUGCAUUAGAAUGAUGUGGGAGGACAGAACAUACACAUCAGUCUUUUGUUGAGAUCCAGUGGGCUGCAUGACUCACCGUUCAGCCCCCACACUGAUUAAAUAAGACAUGUUCUUAGGUACACUGCUCUAGCAGGAAAAAGUAAGUUUAUAAAGUAAAUCAUGCAGAGUUAUUGGAACGAUGGCUAUUGUUAUCUCUGGAUACAUGGAGUUCUUGCUUAUAAAUCUUCUUUUACUCUACAAAAAUGACUUUACGGACGUUCUUUUUUUAAGUGUUUGGUCGUAUUGCAAAACAGGUAAGAAAUAUAAGGGUUUAUUUACUAAACGUUGGAUUGUAGUUUUAUAUACUAGCAAAUAAACCCAGUAGAUUCUGAUUACAGAUGUCUAGUCUGUGGUGUCCUGGGAAUGAAGACUUCGGUGAAUCAAAACUUUGGGCUAACACUUUUUUUUUUUUUUAAAGUGCUUUAGAAUUUUUAUGAGUUUGACCGUGGUAGAUAGAGACUACAAUCAGAGAAUGGAGUGCAAUAGGGACACACAAAUCAGACUAGCGAAAGUAGCAUGAGGAGACUGUAGGUAGGCAAGUUGGUAGCCUGAUAAAUAGGAAAACCUCGGAACAAACAGUCUGGACAAUCACUAGAACUGUGGCUUCUACAUCUCAUUGGCCAGUUUAGAAAAAAGAUUUUUCAAAAAUUUUAAUUAAUUUUUUUUAGGGUUAGCGCAGUCAGUGCAAGCGGGCUGUUAUGGUUCUUGGAGUGUUCCUUUACGUUCUCAAUCUAAUCAGACCAGCACUGUAACAGUAGAAGACAUGAGGCUGAUAUCAGGUAAAGCCUCUAUCUCACACACAUUCUCUCCAGCAGUUAAAAAGCCUAGACACAGAUCUUUGAUGUGACUUUCUUCCAUCAGUGGUUUAUUUAAAUCUCUUGUUUUUUGCCUCUAGACUUUGGUUUUUACAUUUUCUUUUCAGAUUAUACAGGAGUAUUUACUAAAGUGAUAAUUUAAAGUGAAUUUCAGGUUUAAUGUCGCAACAGCCGAAAGUGAAAAGUUAUUUAAGUCAUCUAUAGCUUUAAGGUUGGCUACUGUGGCUUUGAAUUCUCACAUUAGUGAAUAGCUCUGGCAGAGGCUGGGUUUGCCCUGUUUAUGCACUGUAUAAUUCCAUAGCUUAAUAUAGAUAUACAUCCCGAGCAUUGUUUGACUGAAUUAGCCAUUGCUUCUUGGAUAAACUGUAUAAGAAAUAUUAAAUUCAAUCUACAGCCUUUCAAUAACAAAGACAUUUUAAAACAUUUCAGAAAGCUUUAAAAUGAUUGACUUUGGGCUGAAAGUAACGUUGGUAAUGCAUUGAGAGAAGCUCCCAGAAACACUGACCCAAUCAAUUUUAUUUUGUGUAAAACGAAAGUUCCUUACUGGGAUACUAUAGUCAUCAGAACAACUACAACUUAAAGGACCACUAUAGUGCCAGGAAAACAAACUUGCCCCCACCCUCAGGGUCCCACUUCCGCCGGGCUGGAUGGAGCGGAAUGGGUUAAUCCCUUACCUUUCUCGAGCGCCAGGCUCCCUCGGUGCUGGAGACUCUCCUCCUCCUUUAGACAUCAUUGUCUGAAUGCGCAUGCGCGGCAAGAGCCGGGCGCGCAUUCAGCUAGUCCAUAGGAAAGCAUUCUCAAUGCUUUCCUAUGGACGCUGGCGUCUUCUCACUGUGAAAAUCACAGUGAGAAGCGCGGAAGCACCUCUAGUGGCUGUCAAUGAGACAGCCACUAGAGGAUGGAUUAACCCAUAGGUAAACAUAGCAGUUUCUCUGAAACUGCUCUGUUUACAGCAGAAAGGGUUAAUCCCAGGUGGACCUGGCACCCAGACCAUUUCAUUGAGCUGAAGUGGUCUGGGUGCCUAUUGUGGUCUUUUAAUGAAUUUGUUCUGGUGAGUAUAAUCAUUCCCUGCAGGCUUUUUGAGGUAAACACUGUGUUUUCAGAGAAAAUGCAGUGUUUACAUUACAGCAUAGGAAUACCUCCACUGGCCAUUCCUCAGAUGGCUGCUAGAGGUGCUUCCUGGGGCAGUGAUGCACACUGUGCAGCAAUGCCAUUCAGUGUCUCUACCCUCUGCAUAUAGACACUGAACUUUCCUCAUAGAGAUGCAGUAAUUCAAUGUAUCUCUAUGAGGAGAUGCUGAUUGGCCAGGGCUGUGUUUGACUUGUGCUGGCCCUGCCCCUGUUCUGCCUCCCUGACAGCCUCAGCCAAUCCUAUGGGGAAGCAUUGUGAUUGGCUCAGACCAACAUUUCUGAUGAUGUCAGCCAAGCAUCAUCAGAGGCAGCAGCUGCAGGCUUGAAAACAAGUAAGAUUUCACUAUAUUUAGGAAGGCAAAGGGGGAACCAGGUGGUGGUUUUAAUGCUCUAGGGUCAGGAAUACAUGUUUGUGUUCCUGAUGCUAUAGUGUUCCUUUAAUUGUCAUCUACCCUUUAUACCUUAAAUAGUGACAGAACAGUAACUUUUAAAGGAAUAUUUCAAGCACCAUACCCACAAUUAUGUAUUAUGCCUAUUGUACCCUGGCGCCAUCCCAUAGUAAGUAGUCAAACAUUUUAAAGGGUACAUGUAACCCCAUGUACAACUUGUGCUCAUUUUAAAGAGCAUAAAAUGUCAUCUCUAUAUAGUGCUAGCAGCUUUUCUAGCAAAUGUAUAAAUUGAAAAAAAACAUAUUUAAAAAUAGAUCCUUCUCCUGCUUCUCAGUCAAUCAAAUCUUCGGCAUAGACUUUAUGCUAACAAUUUGACUGACAAGGGAGAAUAAAAAAGAACUACCAUAGCAGGUCCUUCUGCUCUCCCAAACAUAGCAACCACAACGCAUGCACUGUGGUUGCUAUGGAAACUCCCUGUGCAGAGGCUGCUAGUGCUGGCUAAGGAGUAUAGUAACGAAGCUUACCACAGGUGCCUGGUGGACCCUAAUUAAGUUUUUUUUUUUUUUUUAAAUACAAUUUAUUAGAAUUUUAACCAGUCAAACCAUUAUUAAACUGUUUGUCUGCUUAUUCUUUUAGAGCGCCAGGAUACUCCUGGCACCAUAACCACUGCAGAGGGCUGUAAGGGGUAUUGUGCUUGGAGUGUUCCAUUAAAUGGACAAAAUAUGCAGGAAGCGCCCUCCAGAUGUCAUGCAUCACUUUCAUGCAUCACCUCACUUUGAAGUGUCAUGGUACGUGGAGUGAUCGCUUAUAGGACCAGUUUUGGCAUAAUAACAGCUUCAUUGAAAUUAAGUCGUUAUGGUGCAAGGAAGUCCCUAAUGCUGGCUCACCUUUAGUUUUUAACCCAUUCUUGAACUGCUCCUGAUUUCUCUGCCCGUCUGUCUUUCUAUUUUCUUAAAAUCUGGAAACUGUAAUGCUCUUGACGCAUCAGUGCAGCUGUUUUAAAAUCAUAAAUUAUUGAAAUGGACUGCAUUCACUUUAAUAUAAGGACCAACAUCUACGCCAGUGGUUCCCAACCCAGUUUUCAAGUACCCCCUAACAGUCCAGGAUGCAGGGAUUAGCCAAAACCUUGUGUACCCCUCUGUGUAUUGGUGUAGAUGUGAGGUGUGCCUUCCCCUUUCAGCUCCUCUUUUGAGUUGGGUAAGAAAAUUCACCUGCCCCUGUUUGGCACCUAGGGGCCUUACAGUAAAUGGAGGUGCCAUGUGUACAUUACAUGUCUACUGGGGUGUCGUAUAGGGUGGAGGUUAUGUAUGUCUUUGUGUCUGAGCAUGACCGCUGUGUCUGAUUCAUUGACUGCCGGCCUCUCACGUAUGUACAACCUCGGGUUCAGCUCUGUGAGUGGUCGUUACUGUGUGAAUCUGUCCGUCAAAGUGGUGGAUCACUUCUCCCCCUUCUGCUGUGUUCUGGGGCUUGUGUUCCUAGUGUUUGGCUUGUCACCCGUGUCUGUGUCACAGAAUGUGUCAUUUUAAUUGAAGUUGUCUGGCGUGUGUCUCGGUAUGUCCUGGGUCAGCGCUUCCCCACCCUCUGGUAACUCUUGAACAAGUGUUCUGAAAUCCCUGCGGCCCCGUCUCCCCCGGCCAGCCUCCCCCCCACCCCAGGGCCCCCAACCACACAGCCAUGAGCAAGUGGGCGCGGAAGGGUGAAGAGCUGAAAAAGAGGACAAGGAGGACAAGGAACGGCGAGCGCACCACGCCCCAGCGAACCCCUCCAAUCCGCGUACCCGGUCCGCCUGGAGAUGAAGUGCAACCAUGGCAUCCACAUCUGUGAGCAGUGCUCUGUACUCCAGCGGAGUGCGGCCGUAAGUGUCUCCAUCUCAUAUAGGUCCUCCACCCUGUCCAUCCAAUUACGUAAUGUUUGGGUGUCCACGUCUUUGCGAGAGUCUAAAACUGACCACCCAAUCGCAGCCCUGAAUGAAUGCUAUGCCUUUGACGUGUUCUGUGAUUCUCGUUACACUUGGCUUUGACAUGCCAGUGUCACUGAUACUUUCAGUUUACCUGUGGAAGAAAAAUCUACAUUUUGGCAAUCGAGACAGUUGCAUGCAUUGUUUCUUUCUAGCCCCAAAUCAUAACCUCUCAAUCACAUCCUCUUAUCUCUAAUUUCACAUGUUGGUUAAGCAUCAUGGAAGCUUUAGUUUAACUAUAGCUGGAGAGAGGCUCAUCAGACCCAAACAUACCGUGCAGAUAGUGCUCUGUUCAGUUUCGAGUCCUACUGAGAAGAAGGUGAGAAGUGACAUUGGCGCAUGCUUGGGUUAUCACUGGCACUGGGCUCUGAGCUCAAACAGAAUCAGAAAAUAUGCACAGAGCUUUCAUGUGGAAUUUGGGACACAGCCAGGAUCUGCUGAAUUGGCAGCUACUAUUAAAACCACAUGGGGAAAUGUAUCCCUUAUGUUUGGGCCUGCAACAAAUGUGUCAGAGGCAUUAACCCUUGUACUGGUAUUCUAGAUAUGAUAUUCUCUUGAGGGACUCUUGACGAGCCCUGAAUAUGCAUCCAAGAUCUAUUGUUUGGAACAAUAUAUAAAUCUGAACAGAAAUUUGAAUGCAGUCAUUUUAGCUAAGGUAAAAUAUCAUUAAAGGACAAUUUGGCUUACAGCCAACCAAUAUGAUCCUUUCAGGGGUAGAUACUUGCAAUACUCCGAGGGUGUAGGCACUUUUUCCAGUUGCUCCAAAAAAAUUUAGCCAGAACCCAGCAGUUUAAUGAAAUAUUUUCUAUUGCUUUAUGCAAAAAAAGAUAAAACCGUAAAAACAAUAUCAACACAGCAAUCCAACACGUUUCUUCCUGCUUACAGGACUUCCUCUGGGAGCACUUGGUUAUAAAAUAUACAAACAAAUAAGCAUCACCAUACAGACAAGACAUAAUCCCUCCCCCUCGAUUCCCCAUUUAAAAUUGUUAUCCUAAUUGUUGACCUAGUGGAUGUGUGGGUUGAUCCUUCAUUUCCAUUUAUUGUUUAGUGUAUAGAUCAUGCCUCUGCAGUCUCACCGCUCAAUUUACUGCCAUUUAGGAGUUAAAUCACUUUUGUUUCUGUUUAUGCAGCCCUGGCCACAUCUCCCCUGGCUGUGACUCACACAGCCUGCAUGGGAAAAAAUUUUUUAUUUUGAAUCACAUGUGACAGCACAUUGUGUUUACUUUAAAUUUGUGUUGUGUUAGUUUUACUAGAAUCAUGCACAGGGGGCUCCUGCAGGGUCUAGAAGGCUUUUAACAGAGCAGGAGCUUAUAAAUUCUAAAUCAAACAGACUAUGCAAUAAAUGAAGAUUAAACAUUACAUUUCUCUUUACAGGAAAUCUAAAGCAAGGCUGUGUAUGUCACAUGCAGGGGAGGUGUGACUAAGGCUGUAGAAACAAAGUGAUUUUACUCAUAAAUGGCAGACAAUUCACCAGUUAGACUGCAGGGCCAUGAUACAAUCAUGCAAUGUAAUAGAGACAAUGUGUAAAAGGUAAUGGAUAAUUGAUAACAUGUGUACGUGUAAUUGGAUAUUGAAUUAUGCAAACUAUCUACGUCUACUAUCUGUGUCCUCCCUUCUCCUUAUCACCAUUCCUGACAAAGCUUGGAGUAGGAAGCUCUUGUGUUGUAUGUUUGUUGACUUAAGAUCAGGGGUCAAUUCAUAAACAAAAACUAAGUCUGCCCAAGAGAAUGAGGACCAAUCUUUUUCAAGUACUGUAGGAUGGUCUAAUGCUGAGGUCCCCUUGUCUGUUGUUUGUACACAAGCCGUAAUUUAAAGGUCUGGCUAAAAGGGAAAUGAAAAAUGUUAAGAAUGACUGAAAACUAAGGAACAAUGUAGGAACUCUGUCAACAAAACAAAAGUAUAUCAUAUAGAGAAACAAAAGUAUAUACUGUCCCUUUGUACACUGUUUCAUAAAUAAUAAUAAAGUGAAGUGAUUGUAACUGUCACAACUCCCCAUGUAUGUAGUUAUAGCGGGGUGUAGGCACACGUGCAAUUUGCAGUUGUAAAAUGCUGCGGAAUAUGUUGGCGCUAUAUAAAUGAUAAAAAUGUGUAACCUCACUGGAAUUUCCGUUUCAUGUAAGUAGGUCAGUGAGGGGGAACAGGGAAAUGUGGAAAUAGCUAGAUUUUAACAGAUGUUGGAGAAUAUUUUGCCGAGCAAACGUGUGCUGAAAGGCCUCGCUCCGCCAUGUUGUUGGAGAGUAUUAAUAUUUCAUGAAGACUCACAAAAACAUAGCUGGAGCCAGAGCUGGCAUGUGAUAUUCUGGCUGUGUCAGAACCGUGAAGCUUCAGAGCUCAGAUCUUCAAACCAAACCCAGGUAAAAUUCUCUCUUGAGUUUCUAAGUAGAUGAGGUGAUCCAACACUUUAGGAUCCAACAAGAUAUCCCUCUGCUCGCAGAGUUUAGCACUGGUGAUGUUUGUAUAUGCUGUGGCCCUUGGUUUCUGAUGCUGUCAGAGGCUUUAAAGGGACAAUAUAGUUACCAGAACAAAUACAGCUUAUUGAAUUUGUUCUGGUGAGUAGAAUCAUUCCCUUCAGGAUUUUUACAGUAAACACUGUCUUUUCAGAUAACUCCACUGGUCAUUCCUCAGAUUGCUGCUAGAGGUGCUUCCUGGGACAGUGCUGCAUAGUGUGACUGCCUUUCAGUGUCUCCUCCCUCUGCAUGAAGACACUGAACUUUCCUAAUAAAGAUGCAUUGAUUCAAUGGCUCUCUAUGAGGAGAUGCGUUUGGCUCGUUCUGGCUCUGCCCCUGUUCUGCCUCUUUGACACACUCAGCCAACCCAAUGCUUUCCUAUGUGGAAUCAUUGUGAUUGGCUUAGAAUAAGACUUCUGAUGAUGUCAGCCAAGCAGGCAGAGCAAGCAGAAGCAGACUGGAUCAAAAGUAAGAUUUUACUAUAUUUAGGUAGGGUAAGGCUGGGCCAGGUGGACUAGAUUGUGUUUUCAACAUUAUAGGGUCAGGAAUACCGGUUUGUGUUCCUGACCCUAUAGUGUUCCUUUAAUGAGGAAGCCUCGGAUUUGGUGCUGCUGAGAGUACCUUUCUCACACAAGUUUGUGAAUGGGGAGCCAAUGAUGAGCUGAGAGCCAGCUGAUGAUCUCAACCUAUAAUCGGUGCCAAAACCGAGGCUUCCUCACAGAGACCUCUGACACCACCGGAAAAACAAGGUUCAGAGCAGAUGGGUGGCGUCUUCACAACUUUGAGGUAAACUGUUCUUAAAUGGUUUUACUCCAUAAGGUAAGACUGUGCCUUAGGACAUCUUGGCACCAUAAUAACUUAAUUGAGAUUAAGUUGUCAUGGUGCUCAGAGUGUGCCCUUUUAAAGCAUAAAUUUAAUGGUGAAAUUCAUGUUGAAAUUCAACAAAGGCAAAGUAACUAAUGUCACCUAGCCCUGCCAUGUUUACAGCAUAAUAUCAGGUAUCCUACUUUUGAAAAUGAUACACCAACUCCUGUUUACAUCAUUGGUAAUGUAGAACCCAUUUACAUCAGGGUUAUGAUGGGAUUAAUGGCCGCCCAUAGAGGGGAAACUACCAUAGUAUUUUUUUGUCUAAAUGACACUAGGGGCUCACAGAUAGGAAAGUACACCCACUUGAGUAAGUGAGACAAUACAGAAUUUUAGCAUUCAUUCUCGUGUAUCGGCACUGAAUAUUUGCCUCUGAGCCACCAGAUCUUGAUAUUUAGGGUCCUUGGGCUAGGUCAUGCAUGUCGGAGAGAGUCAGCUAUAAUGCUAUUUUUAAUUCCAUUCUUAUCAGUUAAAAUCUGUGUGUUCACAUUUUAUCUUGGUGCUGAAUUGUCAAGUUAUAUCAGUAUCACCUACUAUUUAAACAUACGUGUAUUCCUAAUGCUAUGGUGUUCUGCUAACAUUUUACUUCACUUUCUUCCUUCACUGCGCUGCUCUACACACUGACGCCCCGCCUCUCUGACUGAGAUCAUCCAAAUUCAUGAUCUCAGCCAAUCCAAUUUUGUUCUCACAAGAAAGCACCUCUACUGGCUCUCAGGAAGUCUGUGUUUAACCCUGCAACAAAACAUUGCUGUAUCUACUGCAGGGUUAAAGCUUAAGGACCCCAACACCCGGACCACUUCAUUGAGAGGUGGUCCUUUAACCUUUCAAACCAACAUGUAGAAGUAUGACUUGUCCAUACGCGCAUUCUUUUGUGACCUGUAGUGUUUCUUGAGUGUGAUCCGUUGUGUCCUGCAGUUAUUCUGAUUUCUGAUACCAUAGUUCUUUGAUAUGGUGUAUUUCUGAUGCCCUGACUUUGGCUGUAGUUAUUGAUUAUUGCUGCCUAUCCAAAGAAUAUUUUUUCACCUCGUUGCAGGUAUGUUAUUAAGCCUGGCCACCUUAAAGUGAAACUCGUCACGAAUAAAUAUAUUUAUAUUUGUUUCUAACGUUAGAGUGCUCCUUUUAUUAGAUUCAAGGCCCUACCUUUUGGAAAACAAAAACAAACCUACAAGAAAACUUUUUCCAGUGUUGUCCCAAUCUCCACCCGCUUUGAGAUUAUCAGUCUAAUCCAAUGCUUCUCAUAGAGAAGCAUCAGAGCACUAUGGCGCAUGUGCAACAAUUGCUGCACUCCGCCAAUUGGAUGCUUCUCAUAAAGGAACAGCAAUGUUUGCAUAUGUCGGACUGCUGGGACAGGGUCUUGUACCCAAACCACUGUAUUUAGAUCUCUUUUUUACUCUCCUAUCUUUCCUAAAAUAUGUUAUGGCCGGUACCUUACAAGGUGGUAACUGACUAGAGUGUUUUAGUACUGAUGCUCUACAUCCAAGAAUUUUAAGAAUCCAUCUGCUGCUUACUCCUGCCAGCAGUUAGGAGGUUACUGGACCAUUUGAUCAUCUCUGGGCGUGCAUUGCUGUGCUCUGAUUACACACACACACACGGAGUUGGCUUGGCAGCUGGCCCCAGACUUUGGAAUAGCCUCGCUCCCACAUUCGCCCUGCUUUGGCCUUCUCCCUGUGUGCGUUCGGCCGCCGGGGCUGAAAGCAGCACAUGUGGAAUGAAUAAGGAGUCAAAGGAGCGUGAGGGGGGAACCUGAAAACACACUUGGGGCCCACCACACCUCCUGUCACACUUCUGUGGCUCCCGCAGACCAGAACCCAUAAUCCGUACGAAGAAAGAGGAAAAGAAAUUCUAAAACUUGUAUAUAUCUGCAACACAUGGAGACAUGGAUGUUACCCAUUAUAUACUAAAAUGUUUAGAGAGAAUUCACGAGUUGUAAAAAUAACACAAGGCUACCAUAACACUGAAAGAGUUCACAGAGGUCAACGCUUCCACUAACAUGUUUAACCCCUUAAGGACACAACUUCUGGAAUAAAAGGGAAUCAUGACGGAAUAUUUCCAUCAUGUGUCCUUAAGGGGUUAAGGACACAUGACAUGUGUGACAUGUCAUGAUUCCCUUUUAUUCCAGAAGUUUGGUCCUUAAGGGGUUAAAGGGACAGUCCAAGCACAAUAGCAACGUAUCCCCUUUGCAUUAAAUAUGUGCACUGUGUGUCUGUAUUCUCAUAUAAGAAUAGGACCCCAGCUCCUGCUUUUCUUUAAUAAGUUGUGUUUAAAGCAGUGCUGCAUUGGUUAUGGUGCUUGCAUAAAUGCUAGGUGAAGUCUGGAACACGAUGCCUAUCUGCUUCUCAUUUGAAUAUUCAGCAAGGCAUUCUGGGAUAAUUGUGGACACACGCUCUCUCAAGACAAUUGUUUUUGUUUCGUGAUAUGUAGAUAAUAUAAUCGGAAUGUUAUGUAACAGUACAGUAAUGUAACAUACUGUUGUCUGUAUCUAUUAGUGUUUAGAAAUGGUCAGCGUCGAUGGAUUUUAUAUCACAAGUUAAUAAUGGGCUUGUCAAAGGGUACUUAAGCCCCUGUUAACAUUUUAUUGUAUAACAAGGCUUGCUGUCUGUCAUUCCUGUCUCAAGCAGGGAUGUCAACUAUGACAAACUAGUAGGAAAAUAAUAACUGGGAAAGUGCUAUUGCGAUUAAAUCAAAGUAAAAUAUGUAGUAUUCCUUCUCAACUGUAUGACCUCAGAAUUUGCCCAUUUACUCAGUAAUCGCAGUAAAAGCUGUGACCUUUCCCACACACGAUUAGUAGAAUAAUUUACUAUAAUUAUGUUCUGGAUGUUACUUUGUAGUGGACGUAGCACUGCUUUGUUUCCCAUAGGAAUCUCUACGGCUUUGGUGUAUAGGAUAUCGUCUUACUUUUUAGUGUCGUUUUUCUCUCUCUGUGUACAGCUCUGAUGACCCAUUGUUUGAGAGAAUUUUUUUUUUUUUUUAAAAGACUCUUAGUUCGAUUUAAAGUGGAGUUGUCACCUGUGAGAUUGUUUAACAUGCCAAUGGCUAACUAAAAGUUUAAAGGGACACUAUAGUCACCGGAACAACUAAAGCUUGUUGUAGUUUUUCUGGUGUCUGUAAUAUGUCCUUGCUGGCUUUUUUCUUCAUCAGAAAUUACAAUCAUAGCCAGUCCAAUGCUUUCCUAUGGGAAACUUUAAAUAGAAAAGGUGAAAUUUUGGUAGAAUAAAAAAAGUCCUUGAUUACAAAGGCAUUGCAUCUCAAGAGUAAUGAUUCGUAAGAAGUUAAUAAAAGCAUAGAUAAAUAAAUACAUUUUAAAAAAACAAACACAUUGCACCUCUUUUUGAAAUAAAAUCGCAAUGUAAUGAAAUGUAAUCCUGUGUCUUGCCAUGGGCACAUGCUCAUUCCAGUAAAUAAAAUAUCUGUUGUUUUUUUUAAUAUUUUAUCGGUAGAGUGUCUGUUUACUGAUUUCAUGCAGAAAUUAAUGUACUUUCCUGGUAGAGUAGCACAGCGAGCCAUUUGCCUGAUAAGUACAUUCAUUCACAGAAUCAUUAAAAAAAUGUUAAAAAAAAUAUCUGUCACUUCGUCAGCAAUAAAACAUGAUGUGUUUUUCUUGUGUUUUCAGUCUUUCAUUUUCAAAGCAGACAACACAUUAAUCAGUCUAAGUGUGUACGUUUGCUGGAACCUCUUCUCACCCUCCAUGUGUUGAUAGAACUGUCCAAAUACAGCAGAUCAGUUAUGAGUGCCACGUGCGCCACUUAAUCCUAAAAUCAGCCUGCAUGGGCUGCAUUAGGAAGCGACGUUGGCUUCACUCCAGGCCGUUGUGAAAUCUUAAUCCAGUUUAUCCAUAAAUGAAAUGGAUAAAUGACUGAUGAGACGGAUUUUACUAUUUUUAGUACAAGACUAGACUGGACACACAACAGUGUAAAACUUGCUGAAAAUUGUGGUUUGUGUAGUAGUUAUGGUGCGAUGAGGCUAUGGGUACAUUCCCUUUGUUUUGUUUUUUUGGCAAACCAUUUUUAUCCUGUUUUCCUUAAACAGUAGGCUUCCCCAGAACCCAAAACUUACACCUCCUCUAUGCAAAAUAUUUGUAGAAGUUAGAGGGAUUCGGUGGCGCAGAAUAACCAUUAACCCUUUUAGUGCUUCUAAAAAAGUGCAUGCGUCAAGUUGGCAGUCAAGAAUGUGUUAACAUUGAUUCACUAAAGUAAGAAUUGCUGGGAAUUCAAAUACAUUUCAAAUUUAAGGCCAAAAUAGCCGAAUUGAAAAAAUUCUCCAAGUCAGCUAUGCUACCAUGGUAACUAGUCUAACCAUGUGUGAAUGGUUUGACAGCUUACCUGGGGUACCCUGAGUGCUGGGCUUAGCUCAUUGGCUGAGAGCAGUCAGCUGACACUGAGGACCCCAGGUAAGUUGUCAAAUUGGCUGUAGUGGUUAUGGUGCUUUGAGUGUCCUUUUAACUUCCCCAUGAUUUUCUAAUUUUGGCCGACAACUCCCUUGUUACUCAAGUCAAAGUCGUCUCCUUUUUGCUUUUUCCGCCUUUCCCUAGAACUCAGCUUUAAAUUAUUUGGAAUGUGAUAUAUUGAGUCUUUUCUGUACAUGACUAAGAGUGAGCAUUUACCUGAUUAAAUACUGGGCAAGAAGAAGUCUUAUUUACACAACCAACGUGACUGUGCGUCAGUAUGACUUGUAUCUUUUUGGCGGCUGUAAAAAUCCACUCAUUAGUCACCAAAAUGCACGACAAAGCUAAAGAAUAUCUAUUUUCUGUCCCGCUGCUGAGCAAUACGAUUUGGCUUCUUAAUCAGAACCACAUGUAAACUGAAACAACACAGACAGGGCGAAAAAGAAUAGAGUCUCUCUCUCUCUCUUUUUUUAUUUUGUUCUGGUUCCCAGGCAUACUUGGGCCGUCUUGGUUACAAAAUAUACAUUUAUUUUUCUUUAUUUCCCUCCACGGGCUAAGCUUACAGAGACUUGUCUAUGGAACAUUAGCGGGAGAGCUGGAAGGCGGCCGGUGAACACACGUUCAAAUGUAGCUCUGUAACUUGCUGGCGAUAGCAAAGUAGAAUUGAUUGAGAAAGGAGCAAUUAGAGGUUUGCAAUCUGGUUGCUGUAGCGGUUAAAAAAUGGUUUAACCCCUUAAGGACCAAACUUCUGGAAUAAAAGGGAAUCAUGACAUGUCACACAUGUCAUGUGUCCUUAAGGGGUUAAAAGAUUAUGUAAAGUUUGGCUAGUGAUAAUUUGUUUCUUUAAAAAGAAAGAAAUAAACUUAAAUUGCAAUCAACUGGGAUUAAAGAAACUGUUAUAGUUCAAUGUUUAAACUGGUGGCAGUGCUGGUUGUGCAGCACAGGCGGUCACACUGUGUUUGUGAGAACAAUUUUGUGGUGUCCCCAGAUAUAUUCCAUCAGGGAACAUAGCCAUGUCAUUUGGACAGAACUGUGAUUCUGGAGUCACAACUGUUUCGUUAGAAUCAUUUGUCUUGUGUACUUUAUUGUACAGCGCUGCAGAAUAUGUUUGUGCUAUCUAUAAAUAAUUGCACACUGUAAUUUUAUGUAUAAGGAAAGGUUGCCCCAUUUUGCAGAUCCCAUGGUUUCAUGUGUAUAGUACAAUAAAGGGUGUAUAGAAAACACUAUAGUAUGUGGACUUUAAAAAACAAAAACCAGGAAAUAAAAUGUUUAGGUCAAAAUAGCUAAAUUUUUCAAUUUAAGCAUAUUUUGAUUCAGAUGAUGGAUUUAACAUCGGUAGUAUCUUAAAAGGAACCAAGUAGCAUAAACAUAUAUUUAUUCAUAUUUUUAUUGUAUGACUCUCUACUUUUAGACGGGCUGUUAUUAAAUCUAAUUUUAUUAUGUGCAAUUUCAAAUUAUCUUUCAAAUAUUUUAAAGGGACACUAUAGUCACCAAAACAACUUUAGCUUAAUGAUGCAGUUUUAGUGUAUAGAUCAUGAUGCUGCAGUCUCACUGCUCAAAUUUCAGCAAUUAAGGAGUUAAAUCCCUUUUGUUUGCAUAAAAAAGUGGUUUCACUUUCAAUUAGAUGUAAUUUACUUUAAAAGUUCUUAUUGCCUGCUCUCUAAAGUGAACUUUAAUCAUACACUGUGGGGUCUAGCAAGCUAUCAACAGUGCAGGGGAUAAUAAAUGUUAAAUUAAAUAGAAUUUGCAAUGAAGGAAGUCUAGACAUUAGCUGACUUUUUACAGGAAGUAUUUUGGAAGGCUGUGCAAGUCACAUGCAGGGAGGUGUGACUAGGGUUUAUAAAGUCAUUGAACUCCUAAAUGGCAGAGAAUUGAGCAGUGACACUGCAGGGAAAUGAUCUAUAUACCAAAACUGCUUCAAAAAGCUAAAGUUAAUUUGGUGACUAUAGUGUCCCUUUAAGGAAUACCCUAGGAACCAUAACCACUUAAGAACGCUGUAGUGGUUAUGGUGCUAGGAGUCCUCAUAUACUCAUAAUCUGUUAAACCGUUUAUUAACGGUUUCAUGUUUGAUGUGCUCUGUUAGACGUCACCGGUCCUUUCAGUUUGAGUUGGUCAUACCAAGUUCAAAUAGUGUUCAUUGGAUGACUGAUCAUGGUUCUUCGUAUCACUUACAUUAAUAAAAAAAGACAUCCAUGGUUGGGAAUAUCCCCAAAAAAGUCCAACAUAUUGACCUCGUCUGUUGAUUUGUUUGAAAACUCUGAUAUAAAAACCUACACCGUACAUGAAAAUGUUUGCUCUUAUGCAACAUAUACCUAUGUAAUAUAUUAAACCCAAAUGUUUCCUGAUUUUUAAACUCUAGAUGGCAGCACAGAAGCUCAGACUGGUUGGCAAUGCCAAGUUCACUAUCUCCAGCCGAACAGACACUGGGGUUCAUGCUAUCUGUAACUCUGCUCAUGUGGAUAUUGAAAGGGCAGUGGGGAAGCCUCCAUUUUCUGAGACCAUACUAGUAGAUGCAUUAAAUCAUCACUUGAAACCAGAGCCCAUCAGGUGAGCAAGACAGGUGCGUAGUGGUACUAUCUAUUGUUGACUAGAGUAAUUACCGUUCCUUCUUAUACUAUAGGGCAGGGCUAGGCAACCUUUGGAAUUCCAGAUGUUAUGCACCACAUCUCUCCCGUGCUCACUGUGCCUAGAGGUGUAUCGGAUAUAUCUCGCUGACGAGGCCCAAAGAAGGUUAAAAAAGAUUGUCCGGGGUGCCGAAGGUUGCCUGUCCUUGCUAUAUAUGUAUUUAAAUUUAGUCUUCAAAUCUAAAUAUAGCUUGUGAGUUUUGGUAUUAAAGCCGCUGUAAUUGGCUGUAAAGGUUAGUGGUCGUUUUCUCCCUCCCGUUAUUCACUGUCAGUAUUUCUCUGUGCCGUCUCGUACGGUUAUAUACCCUGACACAGACGUGUGUGCAGGGUUAUAUCUACACCAGUAUUAGUUUCGAUUUACAGGAUUCCCUAACAGGUCGCUUUGCUACCCUACAGCAACCAGUAGUAUCAUAUUCCACAUCGGCAACUACGAUCAGAAUACCUUUUCUUAGAUUCUCUGUAGGGACAGGUCUCUACGACUUUCUAUUUACUGUUUUGCCGAUCAGACCACUCAACUGUUGUAUAGAAGCACGUUUGUAAAACAUUAACAAAAUUUAUUUAUUUUUUAUUUUAUUUCCCAACAUAUGUUGAUAAACUCGAAUAAGAGUGUCAGCUUAUCUUCUCCCAGUUUUUCCUCUCCUCCCCUUACACUAUUUUUUGUUUAUCCACUUUAGUUUCUGUUUGGGCUUACCCCCCUAUUCAAGUGUACUAAUUGUGACCUUAGGCUCAUUCUCUUCCUUUUUUAAAUUUUCCCCCUUCUCCUUCGGUCUCUGACUUUCCAUAUCUUGCUUUCUUUUUUUCCUGCCUUUUAGUCUGGUCUUGACUGUCUAAUUCCCAUUCUUUAUUUCCUAGUUUGUGUUUGUCUCUUUUCCUUGCUCUCUGUUUAGCCGUAUCUCCCUUUUCCUCUCUCCGUUACUCCACGUUUUUCUUUCUUUCUGUCACGAGUUCAGCGAUUGAGCGUUUUGGAAUAGACUGCAGACGCCGCUGGCAGUCAGUGCAUCGUCCACUUAUCUGCUUUCUGGGUUUCUCUCGUGUGCUUAUUGUUGCUAACAGAUGAGAUGGAGCGGCAGUGAUUUCUGGCACGUGAACAUACAAACUGCACAUUCCUGUCAUACAGCAAAUCUCACACACAAAGCCUGGUUUCCAUAGUAACUAAUUACAAUGGUUGUAUAUGCCGUUCAGAUUCUACCUUGAGGGAGGGAGACGGGCUGGCCUCGCACACGCCUCUGUGGGACCCUGCAGUUUGGGCAUUCAGAAUACAAUGUACUGAGGUCCAUUAUAUUACAGCAAUAACACACAGCAGUUGCUGAAGGAAUGUGAUGUCCAAGAGUUGAGAAUUGUAGUCCAAACAUAGAGAAACAAGUCUGGUAGCAGAUGGAAUGUCUCCCGGUGUUUGAUGUUAAAUGAGAGACAUCUUGGCGGGGUUUACAGCAAUCCUAGUACAGGGCCUUCCACAUGAGAAAGGACAUGAUCUGGAACCGAACUGCAUUAAAGAAUUUUAUACUUAUCAAAUACUUCAGUUGUAUCUGAGGUCCAGCUACCGUGGAGUGCAGCUGGGCUUCCUUAUGUUCUAAUAUAUAACAUGACUAUUGAAGGUUCCUUUCCAACAGACAGCAGGCGAUAACAUAUAUAUUUGAUGGUUUUUAUUUAGUCUUUCAGCCUGUGCAUCCUUCCGUAGCAUUUCCAGCUAACUAAAUACGUACUCCUUGCUUCUUUUCGUCUAGUGUCCUCAAAGCUGUUCGAGUUUGUGACAAUUUCCACGCUCGUCACAAUGCGCUGUCUCGGACAUACAUCUAUCGGGUAGUGACGGGAUGCAAGCAGUUUGACCUGCCCGUGUUUGAGCGGAACCUAUGCUGGGCGGCAAGUGUAAGGUACAUGUCAAAGAGCUUGAAUCUUAAUAAAUAGAAAAAAACAACAGUAGGAUUUGUAACCAUAACUAGGAGCGCUGGACGGCGUCUCUAACUUGCAUUGCCUAUUGAGGCAUUUAAGGAAGAGCAGCAGAGCUUGGUGAGCAGGUUUUGGGGUCAGAAGAUGAACAAGGACAAGAGUGAUUGGACAUUUACCAUAAAAUGUAGAGCUGGUAGAUAGUGGACAGAACUAACUCUGACAAUUUACUCGGAGAGCUGUACCCUAGUGGCCUGGCAUCCAGUAUAACUGGAGAUUAGUGCAAAAAUCCUAAAAGUCUGAGUUACAUUAUGAACUCAAACAUUGAAUAUUGCUCCAAAACAGGGCAGAGAUACUCACGUUGACUCAAUACAGUUUACCAAACAAAUGCUCAAUUCUUUGACACUUCAUUCCAGUCCAUUAUAUUUUUAAAGUAACUGGGCAGGUGGUAUUUGGGGACAGAGUAGGGCCUCCUCUUUGCCGGCCCUCUGUUUGUAUCCAAAAUGCCUGAUGCCUCUGUCCACAUUGAUGGCCAGACAUAAAUACCCUGUUUUCUUGAGGGAUUUGCAAGAACCUCACUUUGGAAUUCAAAGUCCUACAUUUUUGGAACAAACAUAGGUACUUAGAAAGUGAGUUUAUUUACCUUUUUUUCUAUAAAGUGUUAAUAAUAUGCAUCAACAAAAAGGCCUGGAUGGUCCUUUAAUACUCUAUUGGCAAAAAAUUUAUUUAGUUUUUUAUUUUUUAAAACUUUUUAUUCCAUUAAUGCUAAUUAAGCAGUGCAUAAAACAAUAGGUACACAUUUAUAAUGUAACAAUAACAAAUAUAUAUCCAGGUCUGCGUAGUCAAUAGAGAGUUAAUAGCAUAAGAUAUUCAACCAAACGGAGAGGAGGUAUAAAUAAGGUUUAUCAAGGGUCUCUAUUUUCCAAAACAAGAUGCAGAUUCACAAAAGUGCCUAGGCAGAAUCUGUGGUAUGUUGUCCUUGGGAUUGUAUUGUGACCACGAGAGGUCCUAAGAGAGUACCACUCAGUGUACUGGAAGGUGGUUUUAAGUUUUUCUAAAAUGCAUAAUGGUGUCUUCACUCUUUAAUAUGGUGCAAAUUAAAUAAACUUUGUGGUUUCAGUGUUUACUUGCUGUCACCACUGCCAUAUGUCAUCGAAAUCAGAUGAGGAAUAAAAACCUCUUGUAUGACAAAGACCUUGCUAUCGUGUAUGGUUUACAUUUAAUGUUUGUUAAAGCUCACAUUUUUGUUAGGUUUGACCAUGUCUUUUAGCUGGAAAAUGUUCAUUAAAAUGCAGCUUUUAUAAAAAGUUGAAAUUAAUUUGCCAUGACUUUACUGGUCAACCUCUUCCUCACCAGAAACCUUAAUUCUUCUUAAUUUAGAAGUUUGGGACAAUGUAUAAAGUUCAGUCUUUAUCUCGCCAUCUCUGGCCAGCUGGAUUUGUUACCUACUGCUAAAGACGUUUCCACCAACGACUUCAAUAAUAACUGCAUACUGGGCAGUGAUGUAUUGUAGUGUCAACAACAUUAAAUGACACCAAGGACUUGGGGGAGCUCCAUGUACCCACAGAAAUCAAUGUGUUUUUAAGUGACCGGGGAACUCUACCCAGCACUCUGGAUCUCUGCGCUGGACAGGAGGCUAGCCGCGUCCUGCUGAACUUUGUACUUCCAUCUAAUUCGGGUGCUUUUUGGACAGAAUGGGCGCUCCAGAUAGACUUUUCCGUGGAUAUGACAUGUGGGGGUGCUCAGUAUUAUUAUGUGUUGUGAUGGAUGGCCUGAUUUGUUUGGCGCAAGCCACAAGCUCGGGGCGUAAUUUUUGUGAUGAUUUUCCAUCCGCUCUAUGUAUAAUACAGGUACACAAUACAGCAUUAUCAAGUGUCUGUAUAUGCAGCUGUGGGUCAACAAAGUGGGGGGGAGGCAGCAGCUCUAUAAACUAUAAAAUAUAGUUAGGUGUGAAAUGUAUAAUGUGGGCUAAUAAAGUUACAUGCUGCCCUGUGAGUGACCACCUGCUAUGGGAGACAGCAAGACUAUCUACUACAGCAAAGGGUUGUGUUGAUGUAACCAGAGAUUGCUCUGGAUGGACAGUGGGUCCAUUUAAGAUAACCUUUUGUUGUCAUGGUGUAUUGGUACAGGGGAAGGUGGUAACUAGUGUAAGGAAUCACUGUGUUGCAUUGUAGUUCUUUCCCUGUGAUCUGUUCUGUAUUGCCAUUGGUGAAUGUUUUGUGUAAUGUUUAUUUUACUGUAUGCUGUAAUCUAAGGAUUUUCCUUGCUAUAACUAUUCAAGAUCUGCUGUUGGAUAAAGAUACUCCAGGCCCAGGUCAUAGCACUUCGAAUAGUGAUCAGCUGUGCAAGUUAAUUGAAGUAACCAUGGACGAUAUUAGGGCCGUAUCGUCACAUGUGUGUUUUGGGGUGUUUUAUGUAUUGCGCCCUUUGUAUCUGGUAGGUAAUGAGUUUAACCGAGGGCUUACUCCAUUAUCUGACAGAGGCAUGUAGGCGGGCUUAUGUUACAGUGAAUGGAUACUCCAUGCUGGGGGUUUGGGUAUUACUCAAUAAAAAAAGUUCUUCUUCACCCUUCACGAAGUAUUGGCAAGUGUUUGUGUGAGACAGUGUACGUCUUGGAGGAGAGCAUAAUCUGAAGCUAUACACACUGGGAAGGGACAACCUAGGUCAGUGAUGGCUAACCUUGACACCAUAAAUUGUUUCUGGAAUACAUUUCCCACGAUGCUCAGCUAGCUUUUAGAGUCUAAAAGCUAGCUGGGCAUCAUGGGAAAUGUAGUUAGCCAUCACUGACCCAGGUGGUAUUAAGCCAUCUACUCGAGGGUAUAGCGCCACAUCUUCCACUACUUCCCUUUUAUCCCCACUAUACCCCCAAAUGCAAAAAACAAGCAGCCAUUCUCAGACACACAACGCCAAAACAGAAUUCCCACAUACACCACAAGCAGCUUACACACACACACGCACACACACACACACACACACACACACUCUCUCUCCCUCCCUCCCUCCAUCGUCCCAGGGCAAGAAGGGUAAAUCCAGCUCUGCAAAUGCCCCCACAAUUCCAAGCUUGUUACCACACUAGGAAUUUAGGCUGUUUUUGUACUGACAAAUUACACAGAAGAACAUGCUGUCUAAAUCCAGAUCUCAAAUAAAUAUAAGGGAUUUCCCCAUGACAGUACAUUUUAUAACAUACCUGCGCAAACUUCAUUAUCCAAAGGUAACAGGUUCCUAAUAAUAUUGUGAAUCAGUGUCUUUUAUCUACUUUGUUUUUAACUUUCGAACACUGGCUCUGAAUGUGAUCACUGUCAUUUCUGUUUGCAGCAGCCUGAGUGUGACCGCUAUGGAGGAAGCUGCAAACCUGCUUCUAGGGACCCAUGACUUCAGCGCCUUUCAAUCCACCAGUAACGAAAAUAUUUUCAGGUCUCCCAUCAAGACGCUAUCACAAGUAGACAUCAAGCCUUCAUCUAGCUUCUGGCCACAUCUCCUACAAUACAGGUAACAUCAUACAGUGGGGCUGUUUCACGUGGAGCAGUGAUGGAAAGAUGGAUGCCCUUAUUUUGGAAAUAGCCUCUGAACCGUUUGAGUACUCAAGGGAUGACCUUGUGACAAAGCAGUUGUUUUGUUCAGCCCAUUGGCACUAAAAGCGUCCAUUUAUUUGACACAGCUUCUCAAAAGGUCCUUUUAAAUUAGAGACUUCCUUUUUUGAUUAUCUUAUGAAUUCUACUACCUAGCUGCUGGUACCCUACAUUCUAAAACCCAUACCACGGAAUUCAUAAAAAGUUAAUGGAGUGGAUUGGGUUUAUUAUUACCGUAAUAGUUUCAUACUCUGUCAUGAUUUAGCGGUUGAGCCUCGUUACUAAAGGUUUUUUGCAUUUGGAUUAUAAUUGAUGGUCGUAUGCACUGGUAAGAGUGUAUUACCGUAACAGAUUUUUUUAAUAUAAUGAAUAUUCAUGGGUGGAGCAAACGUAGUUUUCAAGCUCCCUUGACUCAGGCAAAUCUCAUCCAAUUUUAAGAUGGCUAAGAAUCAUGGGAGCUGUAGUUCAGCAACAGCUGGAGAUCUAUUUUUUGUAGUCUUGGGGUAUGCACAUAAAACCACAAAGACUUUGCAAAGAGAUGGAUUGGAAAUUGAAUAGUGGUCUUCAAACUGGUUGUGUAAUUCUGUAACUCCUAAUCCAAUAAAUGUAAUUAUUAAGCUGUGCACAUGAAGCCUCGAGGGGAAAUAAGAAAGUGAGAAAUGGGAACACACCCAGUCUGUCAUUCUCUCCUCUCUGCUCAUAAUCUUGGCUAUAAAAUGACUUCACACGUAGCAUUGGUCAGAGAUCUGUAGGGCAUGAAAAACACUGAAGAAUUCACCAGCACGUUCAUGAGAUGUUCGUUUUGAAAACACAACAGCCAGAAUAAUUUAUAGAACAUGCAUGCCUUGUGAUUUCACACAUUAGAGAAAUCUUAGAGCGGGUUAACAGUGAACGCCUAGAGUGGAAAUGGUUUUCCCAUGAAUGAGACAACAUCUGGUGGAUAUAAUCAUCUUGUUGUCCCUCAGGACCUUUUGCAAGCGUCAGUGGACAGCAGUCUCCACCCGUUAUUGUAGGAACAUAGAAAUUUUAGGCCUUACACUGUUAAAUCCCAUGUACCAAGCUCAAUAUGUGACCGAAAACCCUCUGUAAACUCAGCUAAUACAUUAUGAUAGUUCGCACAUUCCAGCACAACUGGUAUUUAUUUGAAACGAUGGAAAGACUGAGCUCGGAUUGUCCUGUGAAGAGAAACACAAAGUUCUAUCAAUAAUCAUGUUCUAAUAUAGUUACUUCAAAUCUAAAACAUUUACUAAGCAAUGAUUGCUACAAUUAUUAUUUUAUAAAGCUGUGUUUUCUAGACGGAAAACACACAACGACCCUUUGCUGGUUGUUUCUUGUCUUGGAGAGAGGAAUUAAACUAGGGUGAGCCAGUAAAUGCAUCCAACAAAUAUAUUUUAUUGGAUGCUGUAAAAUUUGGUGCAUGACAGAUGCCCGGUUGGUGCUUGUGGGAAAGUGUAAGUAAUAUUGUGUUUUUCAUUACUGGAGUAAGAUGUUUCAAGUUUUCUUUUGCAACGAUUUGUUGCCACAAGUCUGGGGGAGGAAUGCCUAGGUUUUCAGCUAACUUUCUUCAGUUUUGACAUUUUGUCCCACAGUCGUACCAGUUAUGUCUCCACGAAAAUCCAUAAAAUUAUCUUCAGCUUUCUAUUUCAAAAACAGCUACGGUUGCACUAACUCUUAGUUAUUUGGAUAUUCGCUGUGCCUAGAGGGAUGUCUGGAAGCACCUCACUGAAGAGUCCUCUGUCAGGCUGAAACAUUGAUCAGAUGUGCUCUUUUUACAUCUGGACUGCACUUGUGAGUGGAAUCAGUCUGAUAUAUAAUUGGUCUAGGUUCCUUCUGCAAUGGCACAAGAUAGCAGACAUGUUUGGCCUCCACUGGGAACACUAUUAUGCUUUUUGUCUGAUAUAUUGACUGUUUCUAACAUUUGUGUUUUGAGUUCCCAAAACUUCUCUAAAAUCAACAAAGACAUUUACAUCCUACUUUAAAAGACUGCAUGACAAUUUACCAACAGACUGGUGAAAAUGCUGCUAUUAAUAAUGUUACGAUAGGAAUAAAAUGACAGAUUUCUUUGUAGAAAAUGUGUUAUUGGUCAUCCCAAGCCUACGAAACGCUGUACUUGUGGCCCAUGUUGGUGCUUUAUAAUUAAAUGUUAACAAGGGAAUUAUUUCUUCACCUGGACAGGAUAUACAGGCACCAGAACUAUGAUUUCCCAGGGCAUUGGUAUUUCUACAGAGGGAAACCCUUAUGUUGGGAAUUCUCAUAUUCAAUCUCCUGUUCUAUUCCUCUGUUAUUUAGCUUUGUAUGGGGUUUCCAUUUAUUAAUUUCUAUUCUUCAUCCGAAAACCUGAUAUAACCAAAAACAAUUUUGUUCCUCUUGUUCUAGAGACCUGCAGUUCUGGGAUUUAACCUUCAAAAGCAAAUCAUUUCUCUACAAACAGGUACAGUUUUCAACCAUACCAGCUGCCAUGUUUAUCCAAAUACAGAAAUAGAACCAAAUUCUAAAUAUUUCUUAUUGUACGGACAAAAUAUAUCCUUAGCACAAUGAUUUGACAUUCCCCCGAAACCAAGAAUCCAUCACUGCCAAUAUUUCACGUUUUCCAGGAUGCAGCAUGGAAAUCUCCCUAUGUAAAAAUUAAUUGGCUCCUAAAUUUGGUUUUCAUUCUUAAAAUGCUAAUUCUUCUCAACCCCUAUCUUUGUGAUGCAAAUAUAAUACAAACCUAUCUCCACCACAAGCUAUUCACAAACAAACAAAUUGGUGGCCUCUGCAGAUUGUAUCGCGUGUUGCUCCCUAGGAUUCUGUUUAGAGUUUGGCUGUGUCUUUGCACAAAUUUUUCAAGCAGCUUCGCACAACUCUGUCAAUUCCUUGCUGUCCGUGCUCCUGUUAAAUUGACAAGGGCCUAAUAAAAGGGAAUCAUGAUAUACAACCUUACUCACUGAGCAUUUUUGCCAGGAAUUGUUAAACUAUUAGGUCGAAAAAGUUACACCUGGAUGAGCUCAGCUUUUUCGGCUUGAAAUUUGAAAUUCUAAUUUGAAAUUCACGGGACACUGUAGUCACCAGAACUACUUCAGCUUAAUAUAGUGGUUCUGGUGUUUAUAGCCUGUCCCUGCAGUGAAAAGGCAGUGUUUACAUUGCUGCCUAGUAACACCUCUAGUGACAGUCACUCAGACGACCACUGGAGCUGCUUCCUAGUCUAGUCCUGCACAGUAUGCAGAAAUUCCCACAGGAUCUUAGUUCAGUCAUUCCCAACUACCCUUUGCUGUAUCUGGACCUAGGCAGGUUAAACUCAUAUUCUGUGCAGAUGUUUUUGUACACAAACCCAGGAACUUGCUUGUUCUACUCCUUGUGCGCUGUCCUUGUUAACAUCUUGCUCCCCGGCUACAAUGUGCUGGAUUGUAUCCUUUAGCAAACUAUUUACAGAGUAAUAUAUAUCAUCAAGCCAUCUUGGAUAAUAAUAAUAAAAAAAACCACUAAAUAUUAAAACAGCCCAAAGAAUUUACCUUUACUCCAGAAGUGGGACAGAUUCCUCAUUACAUCCUAAUCCUACUGUCUGGUUAUCAAUCGCCUGACGCCAGAGACAUGCAGUUCCGGGUGCCGGGCAUGUGGUUUCUUUUUUAGUUUAGCCCAGCCACAAGCAAACUGGCCCCACAUUUACUGCAGGUACCGACAUUGGCCAUCCAGGGGGAGAGUAAUACAAGAGACAAACCCCUCCCCUCUGAUCCUGCGCAGCUGCCCGAGGAGUAACUGCUGACAGAACACUUCCUCCCAGCGCUUGCGAAACCACACAGGAGUGGACAGCAGCAGCCACAGCCAGUUAUACUUUAUUCCCAGGCCACGACUGGCGCGUUAGAGAGCAAAUAUUGCUCUGCGCUAAGACAGACUAUGCAUGUGCCUACUCUCCCCCAAUGUAUAGUGUCCGGGGGCGGGGGAUGACAUAGGUGGCGAGGCCACAACCCCCAACAAGUCCAAACACCAAUGAAUAUUAGGGAAGCCACACUUCUGCUGCUAAGAUUACAGAAACAGCAAAAAAGAAGGCAGCUAAAAUAACAUUAGUGUGUGUUCUUGAAAGUAUGUUUAGCUGUUUGAUUGUGUGUGUAGUGAUUGUGUGUGUAUGUGUGCAUAGUGUCUGGCAAUGUGUAAUUGGAUGUUUGUGUUUUUGGGGGAUUUGUGUUUGACAUGGUGAACUGGGGAGGGGAGGGUGGGGUCUCUGUGUGUAUCCCAUAAAUGUGUCUCCCGUGCAUUUCUGUGAGUGUGUAUCUCUGUCUCAGAGAGAGUGAAUACUGUGGUCUGCACCUGUUGGAUGUGCACAACACAUGCUCCCCAACUUAAUCUCUACUGGACAACAGGGAUCCAAGACGUCUGAUGGACAACUAGUGAUUCAGGACACCCUGCUGUGCCAAAAGGGAUUACAGCACUUGUCCAUGACGAAAGUUAAGAUGGAGGGGGUAAAACACACUCAUUACUGCACACACCACAAACACAGUAAUUACACCAAAUUAUUCACAUAAUUCCAAACUAAAACCUGUCUAUGUCCAGGGCUCUAGGCAGGGGCCUUAAUCUAAAAUUACUUUGGAGGUAGCGUAAGUAGAUUGUCAUACUACUUUUGUCCUUGGGCAAGUAGAUUUUUUUUUUUUUAAUUUCCACUACCUGACGACUGAGGACUUUUGUCCAAACAGAGCACACAAAGGCCAUGUCUUCUUUUACAAGUCUGCAGGUACAGCAUUGUAGAUCUCAAAAUCCAUUCAUGAAGAUGAAGUAAUUUUGAUACUUAGAGUGUUCCUGACAUUUCCUCCUUCCUUUGGCCCAGUAAACGCUAUUUCAGUGUAUACUGAGGUGGAUAAUGCAGUGGAAGUAAAUUAUCAAACAAUUUGCUCUGAGGCACUUAUAUGAUGAGGCGGCUCGAUCCCUCCAUCAUGCCGUGUGCGCGUGUUCUCAGGCAUCUGACAAAUUCUAUACAUGUGAAUGAAGUGUUUUCUUCAGGGUGCUAUGCACACACAUGAACUGUAGAAGAGUUAGCUCAAUUAUAACUUUAGCAGGCUUUGCAUAUAAAUGAAAAUAAAAGAAAAUACGAAAAAAAGUAAAUAAUUUCACCAAAGCCUAUAGAUAAUUGGAAAUGAGCUUUUAGGUUGUGCUAUGACAGUUCCCCGAUUUGUAGUUAAAUAUGUUUUUUUAUUAAGGUUGUAAACAGCCACAGGAAUCAUUUCGAAGACAAAGAGUCCAUUAAAUGCCACUUUAAACCCUUGACUAUACAAAAAAAAAAAAAGCAUCUAAGCUGACAUUUUACGUGACUUGUUUAAAUAUCAGAGAUCCACAGGACAAUUCGGCAGCUCCCCUAUGUCUCUUUUUUUUUAUUAUUAUUGAAUGCUGAUCGAGAAGUGUGAGAGAUGUAGUUUGGACACUAAGGGGGCGAUUUUCGGACUUUUCAUCUGUUGCUUUUUUUGCUCCCUAACUAUAAUUUUCUUAAUAUUAUAAGAAUGGAUUCAGAAAUCUUUCUGCCACUUUUUCCCACCAGAUAAGUGGAUAUUUUUAAUUUUUUACUGCCAAUUUGGCCGUCUUCUGCAAUUGAUUUUUUCAGCAAAAACUGUAGAAAUGUAUUUUAACUAUUCCAAAAACCUUGAUUAAUCCGCCUAUAUAUUUAACUUGUCCAGUUCAGAUAUUAGUCAAUGGUAUUAUUUAUCACAGUUCUUGCAAUAUCUUUAACAAUAGAUUGUUCAGCCCAUUCAAUCAUUUAGUCUGAAAACAUUUAUGAGAAUAUAAUUGUAACCCAUAUCUUAUCGUCAUUCCAUGCCAUUUAUUUCACAUUGAGAUUAUAUACAUUAUGUUAGCUAUGACGAACAUCAUACGGGGUCUGCAAGAGUUGUCAGAACUUAUUCAUUUUUGCACAUUACAGCUAUUCGAUUAUUUUUUUAAUCCAUUUUAGUGCUGUUUAUUACAUGGCAGAUUGCAUCUCUUAUUCACAAAUGAUUUCAGAGAAUCACUAGUCAGACGCGAGGCGUACCUAAACUCCCAGCGGCACACCGAACUGUUAAGCAUUUUUUCGUUAAUUAGGUUUUGUCCCAUCUCCUACCUGAAUUAUUAGUCCGUUUAAAGCAGAUUUAUAGUGAAUGUAGUAUUUCUAAUUAUCCUGUUCCUGUUUUUGGUGUAAAGUGUUGAUAUUUGUUUCACUAUUUUUGGUAAGUAUGACACAAGCACGAUUAAUACCAAUACAUGAGAAAAUACUGAACAACCGUUUUAUACGCUACGCCAUGAAUCAAUGAACACAGUUGAAGGGACAAUAACAUCUUUUGUACCUUGUGUAGGUUCUGGUGCAAGGAGGUCCUUGGUUUCUUGGCACACAGUUACCUACAGCUGCUGUUUUAGUGACAGACAUCAUAGCUAUAGUCUCUCCUCAGCCUGCCUAAAUAUUUGUAUGGUGUGCACACACAGGGAAACUGCGUGAGUUUAUGACAUCAUAUUCCUGCGUCAGGUGUAGGUAGUACAAUAGGGAUCACAAAAAUGGAGCAGGAAAGAUAGAUGUACUAUUUGAAGCACAGUUGUCCCUUUCUCUCACUAGACCACCAGAGAGUUUCCUACCACCUUUAAGGUAUGUGUGAGGAGGUUAUUAAAAACAUGAGGGUUUACAAAAUGUGUGCUACACCAUGCCUUGUUACCCCACUGAUCAUAUAAAUAAUGGCACAUUUUAUCUGAGCAGAUAAACAGUGGUAACUAAAUAAUUAUUGAUAGUCAGUGGACGUGCGUGGGCACUACACAUCUGAAUUUUGUCUGAGCAAUAUUUAACACUGAAAUAUAUUUCAGCUUAGGAACAGAUACAAAAUAUUUUAAAACAGUUUUAGACUACAACUCUCAUUAUCCACAUUUUGUUGGCAUUUAUUUGUAGUUUUGCAGUGUUGGAGGCUCUGGUUAAAGGGAUAUUACAGUCACCCAGACCACUUCUGCCCAUUGGAGUGGUGUGGGUGCCAACUCCUACUACCCUUAACCCUGCAAGUGUACUUAUUGCAGUUUUCAUAAACUGCAAUAAUUACCUUGCAGGGUUAAGUCCUCCUCUAGUGGCUGUCUACUAGACAGCCACUAGAGGGACUUCCGUGUUCUUAGAACACGAAAAAUGUGUUAUAUGACGCUGGACGUCCUCACGCUAUGUGAGGACCUCCAGCGUCGCCGAAAUCCCCAUAGGAAAGCAUUAAAUAAUUAAUUAAGCAUUAAUUAAAUAAUGCUUUCCUAUGGGGAGGUCUAAUGUGUGUUUAACCCCUUCAGCAACUUGGGAUGGGGGGUGGGAGGGAGAGGGGCACUACCGGGUCCUGCAGUGCCAGGAAAACUAAUAUGAUUUCCUGGCACUGGAGAAUCCCUUUAACUGCCUGAGCCUCUAUACAAUGGCAACGUGCAAUACAACUUAGCACCUCAUAUCCUGUUCUUUCACUGACCCCUAGUGAUUAUUUCACAGAAUGCAUGUCAUGAAAUUUAAACAGUUUUUUUCUAAAGUUAGAAUUGUCAGGACUUCAAAAUGAAUUUGUAAUUCAACGCCAAAACAGCCAAAUUGGAAAGAUUCCAGUUUUGCUCUUUUGGAUUUCACUUUUAAAUCCACUUUGAAUUCCAUAAAAUUCUCACAAGACCAAGAGUGCUAGCACUGAGAUUUUUUACAUUUAUGAAUCUCUCAAAACAUUUCCAUAAUUUAUUUUAAUUUGUACAUAAAGCAAUUCAAAAACAAAACUUUAAAAACAUGUAACUUGGCAGUCAGAGUUUGCCACGAUUAGACUCUCCUACAUAAAAUCUGGCAUUGAAAUACCUUGCAGAACAGUUUUGAAAAUUCUUCUAAAGGAACCGAAUAAAGACUACAAUUAUUAUUCUAAACAAAUACUACUAUAAUCAAGACAAAAGUGAUUUUGAAGAAGGUACAAUUUGGGCUUAACAUGCCGAACUACCAAAUAUAAUAUGUGGCAGUAUAAUAUAUUUUUUUCUGUAUUUAUUUAUUUUUUCUGUCUUCUUGGGUGGUAAAUUAACAGAUUGCUCAUGGUUUUCCAGGUCAGGAGAAUGACUCAGGCUCUUGUUGCUGUUGGCCAGGGACGACUCACACCACUGCAAAUUAAAGAGAUUAUGGACACACGAGAUCCCACCGCAUUUCCUGGAAACCCCAUUGCCCCAGCUGAAGGCCUGUUCCUCAAGGAAGUGGAAUAUGAAGGGAUUGGUAAGUAGCUGAUCUGACCGGUACAGUAUACACUAUAAGCUUUGUUAGGAUGACCUUUCUAGGAAGAGCAGAGAGAGGAAGGGGUUUAUUUUUUUAAAAUUCUUUAUUUCUAAUUGCCGUCAUACAUAGAUCAAAACACAUCGUACAAAGCAUUGAUGAACAGGUCACAGCAGAUGUCGUGCCAGUACAGUGAACAAUGUACUAAAUCCAGUGAAGCUGUAUCUUAUGCAGUAGAGACCCAGAAAUGCCGAAUGAACAGCUCAUAAUCUGACGACAAGGUUUUUUUGUUGUAAUAUAUAAAAAUAAUUUAACAGUAGUAGGAAACCAAAUACCAAUAUAUAGAGAUAAACCAAUCCGACAAUACCCUCUGAUUGUCGGCGAGUGUGAAUAGAUAAAUAAACAUCUGCUUAAGUAUGUCUUUUGUGCCUUGCCUUGGAUAGCCAUGGUUGGAAUGACAGGUAUUGGCCAUAAAGAUGAACGAAAGAGAGUAGAACAGAAAGGUAACAGAACAGAGAGAACACAGAGAAAGCAAGGUGAGUAUGGAUGGGGGUUGUAAGGGUUACCAGUGACGGUCUCGAAGUAACUGCUGUCAGCCCAGUUCAGGGUCGCUAUUUGUGGGGCCUGGGAUUACUGAUCGCUGCAUGGGUGCUCUCCUACUCUCGGAAAUCAACUCACCGGGGAUUCUGAUUCUGUUUACUGGGCCAAUCCCCCAGCUCCCACCUCCCCCGACCUCUCAUUCCUCCACUCAAUAGCCCCUAAUCUUCAUGACACCAAACCCCCCAAGAAUCAUCAACUGGUUAUGUGAACCUCAGUGGGUCGUAGGGAGAGGAAGGGGUUUAUAACUUUAACAAUCUGAGUGAAGCUAUAUGUUGUUUGCUAUCUCUUCCAUGUUGUGGUGAGCAGUUGACAUAACAAUGUAUCACUGACUAUUAUCAUAACAGGUGGAGAUGUGGAGAAUGCAGAGGGGGGCAUCCUUUCCAGCUGUGAUCAUUAGUAUAGCAGUAAAAUAAUGCAUAUAUAGUAAGAAAAAAAUAUUUUAAUUUUCUCCAGCGGAACCAGACAGGACCAGGAGCUUACACCCAAUGUGACAGUGUUACCCUAUCUGAAUGUCACCAACUAUCUAAAACUGAGAGCAAAUGAGCACCAAAGCUUAAAUAACACUGAUAGAUAGAUAGAUAGAUCGAUGAAUACAUAGUUUAAUGUGUACUUUCUUUCUGACCUGAACAUGUUCCAUCUGUAAGGUAAUAGGUAUUUUUACAUUGCUUGAAGGCCUUCCUCUCAGACCAUCCCUUAACAUUCUUCCUGUAGAUAAACAUAUACCCAGAGCACUCACAAGCCUUUAAUCCAUCUGGUCCAUUUGAAGCCACAAUGUUCUCAGAGCAAUUAUUAUGGUUAUUGUAUAUCUAAUCCCUUGCAAGGUAACAUUAGCAUUAUAUUUCCUACAUCUUUAUGUUGACCUCAGUAAUUGUCCACUUGAUUUAAUAACCUGCCAUAUCAAAUGUCAUCUGUUUCUAUUUGGAUAUUCGCUGGGCCUAGCGGAUGUCCGGAAGCACGUCACCGAUGAGUCCUUUGUGAGUCUGAAACAAUGAUCAGAUUUUGCUGUAUCUCUUGUGCAAAGGAGACCUGACUCUCUUUUUACAUCUGAAUUGCACUUGCGAGUGGGAUCUCCAAAUGGUCUAGGUUUCUUCUUGAUACGAUGGGAAUAAAAUGACAGAUAUUUCUGUGUAGAAAAUGUGUUAUUGAUCAUCCCAAGCCUAUGAAAUGCUAUACUUGUGGCCCAUGUUGGUGCUUUAUAAGUAAGUGAGUGUUACUAACAAAGGAAUUAUUUCUCCAACCAGACAGGACAUACAGUCACCAAAACCCCUAUGUUGGAAAUUUACAUCUAAAUUCUGCUGUUCUGUUCCUCUGUUAUUUAGAUCUGUUGAGAGUUUCCAUUUAUGCAUUAAUAUUCUGCAUCCGAAAACCUGAUAUAAUCGAAGACUAUUUUGUUCCUUUCUUUGUAGAGACCUGCAGUUCUGGGAUUUAA